ACUCUUCGUCCGAUUCAGAAGCAACAGCCUAAGAAAAGACUAAUAUCAUAGAAGAAGGCUUGCGUGGAAGAGGCAUAAAAAGCGAAGAAAAAAUUUAACGAAAAAAAAAAUUAUUCGAAAAAAUUAUAUAAGUGUGAAGAAGAAAAAAAAAUUUGAAGGAAAAAAGUAAAGAAGGAAGAAAAAAAGUUAAUUUUGUGCCCGCACUAACACACAACAGCUCACAACUUGUACAUACAAAAAAAUAUUUAUAGCAGAAAAAAAUUCUAUAUUUAUCCCAUAAUAAUCCGCGUGUGUGUGCUUGCUACUCUUUGAAAAAAAAAAUAUUUAAAGCAAGCAAAAUUUAUUUUUUUAAACAACGACCCGCAUUAAGGAUUAAAAAUGCAGCGUCAAAAUUCGAACAACUAUCAGCAGCAGUCGUCGUCGCAGCAAUUUAUCCAGCACGAGACAUCGCAGCAGCAGCAACAACAGCAGCAGCAGCAACAAUUUAGCUCAACUAGUCAUCAAAGCAUACGACGCGAGCAACAAGUGAUCAGUCGUCAUGUUACAGAACAAAGAGUUGAAUCUGGCGGCGUGAUUCAGGAAACAACGAUCGUUCCUGCGCCCGUAUCGCAAGGGUAUCAACGCCAAAUUCAGCAAAGUCAGCAGCAAACUCAGCAAUAUCGCCAACAAAUUCAACAGCCCGCUGCGCCAGCCGGUCAAACAAUGACGCCGCCCAUUUUCGAACAAAUUUUCAAGAAUGCUCGUUUCGCGCAAGGCGGCGACGCCUUGUUCGAGGGUCGGCUCAAAGGUACGCCACGACCUGAGGUUUCUUGGAUGCGAAAAGGUGCACCCCUUCUCGCCUCACAGAAAUACCAGAUGACGUACAAUCCGGGCACGGGCGACGUUUCCUUGCUCAUACGUAAAAUUGGCCCAGGGGAUGAGGGCGAAUACACGUGCAAGGCCGUAAAUCGUGUUGGCGAAGCCAUUUGCUCCGUUUUCAUUCAACCGGAGGGUUUGUUGCCGCCCGUUCAGCAACAACAACGUCAAGUCGUUCAGCAACAGCAGCAAAACGGCUCGUACCAAAACGGUCACAGCGUCGUUUACGAAGAAGACUUCAAAGUUGACACGUUCGAGUAUCGCUUGUUGCGCGAAGUCUCGUUCCGCGAAUCGAUCACGCGUCGUUACAGCGGCGAAGCUGAUGCCCAAAUCUCGACGGUAGUCGAACGUAAUCUCGGACCAGCUUGUCCGCCCCAAAUUAGUCAAAAGCCGCGCAAUUCGAAGCUCAUCGAGGGAUCUGACGCCGUUUUCACGACAAAAGUCUCGUCAAAUCCCAAACCGCGUCUCACGUGGUUCAAAAAUGGGCAACGCAUCAUCGCGCAAACCGACAAAUACGAGACGACGUACACGAACAACCAAGCCUCGCUCAAGAUCAAGCGUGCCGAGCAAAAGGAUUCCGGCUAUUACACACUUUUGGCGGAAAAUCCUCAAGGAUGUCAAGUUUCGACAGCUGUUCUCGCCAUCGAGCCAGCUCAAGAAACGCCCGUUGUUCAACGUCCCGAAGAGGUUUACAGCCCCGACGAUGCCACAAAAGCUCUGGCUCCGCAAUUCGUUCGCGUUUUCCAAGAUCGCGACGUUACCGAGGGAAAAAUGACGCGUUUCGAUUGUCGUGUCACGGGACGCCCAUAUCCCGAAGUGCAUUGGUACAUCAACGGAAAUCCCGUGCGUGACGACAUCACUCACAAAAUUCUCGUCAACGAAUCCGGAUCUCAUUCACUGAUGAUUACCAAUGUUGGUCCCUUCGAUUCGGGCAUCGUUACUUGCGUCGCGACGAACAAAGCUGGCGAAAUUAAUUGUCAAGCCAAAUUGAAUGUGCUCGAGAAGGAACAGGUAGUUGCCCCCAAAUUUGUCGAACGGUUCACCACUGUUAAUGUCAAGGAGGGAGAGCCUGUUACUUUGCAUGCGCGUGCCGUUGGAACCCCAAUUCCGCGUAUCACGUGGCAAAAAGAUGGCGUCAACAUUCAGCCGAGUGACAAUGUUCGCGUGAUUGUCGAUCAGGGAGCGACAACGUUGGAUAUUUCGCGUGCAGGUGUCUCUGAUGCUGCUUGGUAUCAAUGUACUGCACAAAAUGUCGCCGGAUCGACAGCAACUCGCGCUCGAUUGUUCGUCGAACAACCAAAGACGCAACAUUAUGAGCAGAAACGCUUGAAUUUCCCGAAACCCAGCAAAGUUAUCGAACCAGAACCCGAACCUGAACCAGAAAUCAUCUAUUUGCGUCACGUAGAACGCGCCAAGCCACACAAGGCUCCCGCUGAAGGCGAUCGCGUCUAUCCUCCUCCACAAUUUAUUGUCCCCUUGCGUGACAUUACUCAAGUCGAAGGAGGAAAAGUUCAUUUCGAAGCUCGAAUUGAACCUGUUGGCGAUCCAACGAUGCAUGUUGAUUGGUAUUUGAACGGGCGUCUUGUUGAAGCUAGUUCUCGUGCCACAAGCACCUUCCGCUUCGGUUUCAUCGCCUUGGAUUUGAUCAGCAUCAUUGCUCAAGAUGGCGGCGAAUACGUUUGUCACGUUUCAUCUGCCACUGGCGUCGCUGAAUCACGUGGCGUUCUUCGCGUACAACAACGCGCUGCGAUCGAAUCCCAAAGUCAACAUCCAACCAGCUUGGAAUACAUCCAACAACUCGAAGAUUACUCGAAAUAUCAACGUAGCGAAAGCAUCGAGGAGCAAAUUAACCAAAAACCGAUCUUCAUUCGCCCCCUUCAAAAUCUCGGGGAACUCGAGGAAGGUCGUAAUGCUCAUUUCGAGGCUCAAUUGACGCCCGUGAGUGAUCCCACGAUGCGCGUUGAAUGGUACAAAGAUGGUCGUGCCAUUACCGCAAGUUCUCGCAUCACGGCGAUCUUCAAUUUUGGUUAUGUCUCGUUGAACAUCAUGCAUUUGCGUGCUGAAGAUACGGGAACGUAUACCGUACGUGCUGUAAAUCGCAUCGGCGAAGCCAUGUGCACAGCAACGAUGAAGGUCAUUUCACGCAGCACCGUGACGCAAGACUUAGGAAUCCCCGAGCAACAACGCUACAUCGAGCAAACGCAACAAUUGGAGGCUUACCAAAAAUACCAAUCGCAGAAAUUCGUUGAUGAGCAACCCGAAUGCAUCAUGCCGCCGGUGUUCAAGAGUCCCAUCAAGGAUCAACUUAACAUCCGUGAAGGCGGUUUUGCUCAUUUUGAAGCUCGUUUGGAGCCUGUUGGCGAUGCCACACUCCGCGUUGAGUGGUUACGCGACGGAAUCCCAGUCGAAGCGUCGUCACGUAUCACGAGUUUCUUCAAUUUCGGUUACGUUGCGCUUACGAUCAAGCAAGUUACUGUCUUGGAUGCCGGCGUUUACACUUGCCGAGCGUUUAAUGCAUGCGGCGAAGCUCAUACGAAUGCUAAUAUGACAGUGAUGACGAGACAAGAUGUCAGUUAUGACUCGUCGAACCCUCAAGGAUUGGAACAAAUUCAACAUUUGGAAGAUUCGUCACGUUAUCAACGGAAACAAGAAGAGGAAACUGUGGUAACGGAGAAACCACGCUUCUUGGGACCCUUGAAGGCAACUACGAAGAUUAUUGAAGGGCAACGUGCUCACUUUGAAGCACGCGUUGAGCCACAAUCUGACUUGACGAUGGAAAUUGAAUGGUAUUGCAACGGCAAACCCAUUCAACCUGCCACACGUGUUCAAACUUACUACGAUUUCGGUUACGUUGCCUUGGAUAUCAUCGGAGUUCGUGGCGAAGAUACCGGAAAUUACACUGUUGUCGCUCGCAAUGCCGCUGGCGAAGCUCAACUCACCACAGAAAUGGUUGUCGAGACCCGCUCAAGCAUCGAUACACGCAGCAUGCACAAAGGCACUUUCGAAAAAACGCGUCAUUUGGAAGACAAGACGCACAUUGAGCCUCAAUACGACAUCGAGGAACUUUGCAAAUCGAAGCCAAUCUUCACAGUGCCUCUUUCGGAUCCCCAACCUGUCGGCGAAGGACGAAAUAUCCACUUGGAAUGUCGUUUGGAGCCCGUCGGAGACCCAACGAUGCGUGUUGAGUGGUUCCAAAAUGGUCGUGCCAUCACUGUUGGUUCUCGUUUCCGCACAUAUCACGAUUUCGGUUAUGUCGCUUUGGAUAUUAUCCAUUCGCAAUCCACGGAUUCGGGAGAAUAUACUGUUCGUGCUACAAAUCAACUGGGAACUGCUCAUACCUCGGCUUGCGUUCGCGUAAUUGGUGCUUCUGACAUCGUUACCGAUUCUCAAGUCGAUAUGGAGCAAAUUAACGCCUUGGAGGUUGGAAAUCGUCGCAGUUUGGCAUUGGAUGAUGUUCAAGUGUUGCAACCGCCGCAAUUUACGAGACCUUUGCACAACAUUGAGACGAUUGAAGGCACCAACGUGCACUUGGAAUGUCGUUUGCAGCCCGUUGGAGACCCCACAAUGACUGUCGAGUGGUUCGUGAAUGGUUUCCCCGUCAAAACGGGACAUCGUUUCCGUCCUGCGUACGAAUUUGAUUACGUAGCACUCGAUUUGUUGGGCGUUUAUUCGACCGAUAGCGGCGUUUACACUUGCCAAGCACGCAAUCAGCUCGGAGAAGCUGUUACAAGCUGCGCUGUUCGCAUUAUCGCGAAGAAAGACCUCAUCAUGGACUCCCAAUAUCCCGCUGGUUUGGAAAAAAUCCAAUAUUUGGAGGAUGCAUCACGUUACCAACGCACCGAAGAUGUCGAGGAGAACGUUAAUAUUCGCCCGCGGUUCUUGACGAAGCCCAAAAACAUCGAAAAGAGUCGCGAAGGACAACAUGCUCACUAUGAAUGCAAAUUAGAGCCUGUUACCGACCCCAAUUUGAAGGUUGAAUGGUACAAAGAUGGUCGCCCCAUCACUAUUGGGCAUCGUUUCCGUCCCAUUCACGACUUUGGUUACGUCGCCUUGGACAUUAUUGACUUGAUUGCCGAAGAUAGCGGCACCUACACUUGUCGCGCCGUCAAUUUAGUCGGUUUCGAUGAGGUUCAAUGCACUUUGAUGUGUCGCAGCACCCAACAAAUUGUCUCGACAACCCAAAACGAACAAGGUUUGGAGCAAAUUCAAUACUUGGAAGAUCGUUCGCGGUACACGCGACGCGAAGAUGUCGACGAAACAUCCAAACAAGUCCCGAUUUUCACGACUUCCUUGAAGAACAUCGAGAUUAAGGAAGGACAACGUGCUCAUUUCGAGUGUCGUUUGAUCCCCGUCUCCGAUCCAAAUCUCCGUGUCGAGUGGUUCCAUAACAACAAACCCGUCAAAUCGGGAUCUCGUUUCACGGAAACCAAUAAUUUCGGUUUUGUAGCUCUCGAUAUCAUGGGAUGCUUGGAAGAAGAUUCCGGCGUUUAUACUUGUCGUGCCGUUAAUUUGCUCGGAGAAGCAGUUACUUCGGCAACAGCAGUUGUGCAUAGUCGUAAGUCGUUGUAUUUGGAAGCGCAACAUGAAGGAGCUUUGCAAAGUAUUCGUCAUUUGGAGGAUUCUUCACGUUAUCAGCGUCAUAGCAUGGUUGAAGAGCAGGAAAUCCGUCAAGCUCCCAUGUUUACGUUGCCUGUGAAGGAUAUCAAAGUGCACGAAAAUCAACCCGUUCACUUUGAGGCACGCUUGAUUCCUGUCGGAGAUCCUAAAUUGAAGGUUACUUGGUUGCGCAAUGGCGUCCCAUUGGAAGCUUCAAACCGUUUGACGACAAUGCACGACUUCGGUUAUGUCGCCUUGAACAUGAAAUAUGUCAAUCCCGAAGAUUCCGGCACUUACACUUGUCGCGCUGUCAACGAAUUGGGUCAAGCUGUUACUUCCGCCCAACUCAUCGUCAAAUCCAAAGCUGGUCUCGACAUGGAAACCAUGAACGAAAAUGCCUUGGAGAAAAUCCAUCAACUCGAAGAUCAUUCGCGUUACCAACGUCGCGAAGAGGAAGAAAUCGAAGUAACGCAAGCUCCUCAUUUCACGACAAAACUCAUCGGACCCACGAAACUCUUCGAAGGUCAAAGCGCCCAUUACGAAUGUCGCAUCGAACCGUAUCCCGAUCCAACGAUGAAGAUUGAUUGGUUCCACAAAGGUCAACCAAUCACGACAGGACAUCGUUUCCGUUCGACAGCCGACUUUGGAUUCGCUGCUCUCGACAUCUUGACAGCGUAUGCAGCAGACAGCGGAGAAAUUACGUGCCGCGCCACGAACAAAUUGGGACAAGCACAAUCCUCGAUCAACUUGACGGUGCAAGCGCAAUCGUCAAUUAGCUACGAGACGCAACACGAAGGUGCCUUGGAGAAGAUUCACUAUUUGGAAGAUGGAUCUCGGUACCAACGACGCACCGAAGAGGAUGUUUUUGUUGCGGAAAAACCGCAAUUUGGACGUCCCUUGCGCAAUGCCAACGUGCAAGAAGGCAAGCCAGUUCAUUUGGAGGCAACGUUGACACCCGUCAAUGAUCCUACCAUGAAGGUUGAGUGGUAUUGUAAUGGAAAGCCAAUUCAACAAGGACAUCGUUUCAAAACGACAUACGAUUUCGGCUUUGUCGCUCUCGACAUCCUUUACUCCCACGCUGAAGACACUGGCACAUACAUGUGCAAAGCUAAGAACGCCGUAGGAGAAGCUGUUACGACUUGCGCUGUAAACGUCACAGCCAACAAAAAGCUUUAUUUGGAAACGCUCGACGAGGAUCGCUUGAAGAAGAUCCAACAACUCGAAGCCUACGAACGUCCCAAGGAACCGGAAGUCGAACAAGUCGGUCAAAAACCCGUUUUCCUCACGCCCUUAGCCAAUUUAGACAACUUGGUUGAAGGCGAACACGCACAUUUGGAAUGUCGCGUUGAACCAAUUAACGAUCCCAAUUUGAAGAUUGAAUGGUACUUCAAUGGUCGACUUUUGCCAUCAGGUCAUCGUUUCCGCACAACGCACGACUUCGGUUACGUCGCGCUCGACAUUUUGUACGUCUAUGGCGAAGAUACGGGCACUUAUAUGUGCAAAGCGGUUAACAAACUCGGCGAAGCUGUCAACACGUGCAGCAUCCGAUGCGUCAAUCGUCGCUCAAUUAUCCUCGAUACGCAACAUCCCGACGGUUUGGAGAAGAUUCAAAAGCUCGAGGGACAAGCAAGACCUCAUCGCGCCGAAGUUGACGAGCCUGAACUCAUGCCGCCACGUUUCGUCACCGAAUUACGCGGAACAACGGAGAUUUUCGAGGGAGAAACUGCGCACUUUGAAGCUCAAGUCGAGCCAAUUCACGAUCCCAACUUGCGUAUUGAGUUCUAUCACAAUGGCAAACCGCUCCAAUCGGCAAGUCGUUUCCAUGUUACCUUCGAUUUUGGUUAUGUAGCACUCGAUAUUCAAAAAUGCAUCCCCGAAGAUGCCGGCGAAUACAGCGUUAAAGCCAUUAAUGCCUUGGGACAAUGCAAAUCUGCGAUUAAUUUGAUUGUUCAUGCCAAGGGAAGCAUCAUCACGGAACCCCAACAUCCCGAUGGCUUGGAUAAGAUCCGCGAAUUGGAAGCUCACAAGCCAUUCCAACGCCCAGAAAUCCAAGAUGCUGUCACCUUACAACGUCCUGUCUUCACACAACCGCUUCAAAACAUCGAUAGCAUCGGAGAAGCUCAAACAGCCCACUUUGAAGCUCGUUUGAUCCCCGUUGGAGAUCCUAACCUCAAAGUUCAGUGGUUCCGCAACGACGUCUUGUUGGAAGACAGUUCUCGCAUCACAAAAACGCACGAUUUUGGCUUCGUUUCGAUGGAUAUCCAACAUGUGCGAGAGGAGGAUGAAGGUGUUUACAUGUGUCGCGCCACAAAUCCUUUGGGAGAAGCUGUUACGACAGCAAGCAUGCGUGUGAGAACCAAGGCAAGCAUUCAAAUGGAGACUCAACAUCAAGAAUCGUUGAAGAAAAUUGCCGCUUUGGAACAACCUUUGGCGCCGCGUGAAGAUGAACCAGAUCGCGCGUUCGAGAAACCUAUUUUCACGCAAUUGUUGACAGGUCCCGCCGAAUUAUGGGAAGGACAACACGCCCGCUUCGAAGCUCGUGUCGUGCCCGUUGGCGAUCCAUCUUUGCACUUUGAAUGGUUCCACAAUGGCGAACCCUUGAAAAUGGGAAGUCGUUUCCGUACCACGCACGAUUUCGGUUUCGUAACCUUAGACAUUAACUCUACCGUCACCGAAGAUUCGGGCGUUUACAUGUGCAAAGCCAUCAACAAAGCAGGCGAAGCUGUCAGUUCAACUGCCAUGAAGGUCAAGAGUCGCGCCAACAUCGCGCAAGAACCUUUGUUGCCCGACGCCUGGGAAAAGAUUCAAUUGAAGGAAGCCGCGAUGAACAAAGUUCCCGAAAUGUUUGUCGAUACGAAACCGCAACAAGCUCCAGUCUUCACGACACAUCUCGUAUCGCACGAUAACUUGAUCGAGGGACAACACGUGUACUUGGAAGCUCAAGUUGAGCCACGUGCUGACCCCAAUCUCCGUAUUGAAUGGUUCCACAAUGGAAUUCCUCUUACGACGGGAACUCGCAUCAAGAGUACCUUCGAUUUUGGACUCGUUACACUUUCGAUCAACAGUUUGCGCGCUGAUGACUCGGCAAUUUACACGUGCAAAGCCACGAAUUUGUUGGGAGAAGCUGUCAGUACGUGCGCUUUGAAGAUCGGAACGACGCCAAAUCUCUUGAGUGACACCAUGCAUCCCGAUGCUUUGUCGCGAAUCCAAGAUUUGGAAGCUCCUCGUCCUGGAAGACCCGAAGCAGCUGAAAUUGUCUUCGAAGAACCCGUUUUUAUCACGCAUUUGAACAAUGUCGAAUGCAAGGAGAACGAUAAUGUGCACUUUGAAUGCAACGUCGAGCCAUCCAAAGACCCGACAAUGAAGAUCGAAUGGUUCUGCAACGGAAAACCCCUUGGAGCAGCAGCUCGUUACAAGUCAACUUACGACUUUGGAUACUGCGCUCUCGAUAUUUCGGGCGCUUAUGCUGAGGAUAGCGGCAUUUACACGUGCAAAGCGACAAAUAACAAGGGAUCUGCUUCAACUUCGGGCACCCUGAAAUGCACCGGAGACAAAACAAUGUUCUUGGAUACGCAACAUCCACAAGGCAAGGCUGGAUUGGAUGCUGUCGAAGAGGCAGAACGUCAAUUGGCAGAUCGUUCGAAACGCAAGAGUGACAAACCCGAGACUAAAUUUGGACCUCCAGAAUGGAUUGUGCCGUUUACGAGUGAAUUCCAUUUGAAUGAAGCGGAGCCGUUGCAUUUGGAGGGACAAGUUAUCCCGAAAGACGAUCCAAAUCUCAAGAUCGAGUGGUAUUUCGCUGGAAAGCAGCUCGAGCAUGGAGCGCGUUUCAAGAUGACCAACGAUUUUGGAUUUGUGACACUCGAUUUGACGGAUGUCUAUGAACGUGAUCAAGGAAUUUACACGUGCAAGGCGUUCAAUGAGGCAGGAGAAGCUUUCACAAGUACUGUGGUUUAUUGCACGUCGAAGGAGAACUUGAUUUGGAAGACACAACAUCCAAAAGGCGCCGAGGGUCUUGAAAAGAUUCAAGAUUUGGAAGAUGCUCUCAAUCGCCCCGAUGCUCGUCCCGAAGAUUCCGACGAUGGUCAAGCUCCUCGUUUCACGAGCGAAUUCACCUCGUUGUAUAACAUGAGCGAAGGCGAAAUUGCUCACUUCGAAGCAUCUCUCGUACCAACCGGAGAUCAAUCAAUGGUCGUCGAAUGGUUCUACAAUGGCAAACCCAUCGAAGCAAGUCAUCGUGUACGCACCGUAUACGCCUUCGGCAUGUGUGUCCUCGAAGUUUUGGGCACAAAGGUCGAAGAUACCGGCACCUACUCGUGUCGCGCUACCAACAAAUGGGGCCGUGCCGAAAUCAGUUGCCAACUCGAAUGCGUUGACAAGUCCGCAGGACAAAAACCACGCUUCACUACCCAAAUUACCGACUUGGUUGGCUUGAAAGACGGUCAAUCGGCUCACUUUGAAUGCACUUUGGUGCCCGUUAACGAUCCCGAUCUCAAAGUCGAGUGGUUGCACAAUGGCGUACCAAUUCGUCACUCAACCCGCAUCAAGCCCGUUUCCGAUUUCGGUUACGUUUUGCUCGACAUCGCUUAUGUGCAAUCUCACGAUAGCGGCGAAUACGUUUGUCAUGCCUACAACAAGUACGGAGAGGACUUCACACGUGCCAGUAUCCAAUGCUUCGGAAAGAGCGGCGUUUAUUUGGACAGUUUGCAACCGGAUUCGUUAGCGCGCAUCCGCGAACUCGAAUCGCAAGCAAAUCAACAAAAGACAACGGAUCAAGUGACAGUUGGAGAGCCACCAAAGUUCACGAAACACAUUACCGACGUGUCGAAACUCGUUGAAGGACAAUCGGCGCACUUUGAAGCACGCUUGACGCCUGUCACCGAUCCAGAUUUGGUCGUUGAAUGGUUCUUCAAUGGCAAGAAAUUGCCUCAUGGUCAUCGUUACAGGACUUUCCAUGACUUUGGCAUCGUUAUUCUCGACAUUUUGUACUGUUACGAGGAGAAUUCGGGAGAAUUUGAGUGUCGUGCCACGAACAAGUAUGGCAGCGAUACGACAAAGGCGACGUUGAAGUGUGUGUCGAAGGCGAAUCUUAUCUUGGACUCGCAGCUUCCGCGGGGCAUGGAAGGCGGUUUGGAGAAAAUCCAAACGUUGGAAGACUCCCUUGUGCGUCAUCGCGACGAAGUCACAACCGAGAAAACAGGCAAAGCUCCGGUAUUUACUGUACCCCUUUCAAAUAUCGAUAGCUUGCGAGAAGGCGAAAACGCACACUUCGAAGGUCGCUUAACACCCACGGACGACCCCAACUUGAAGGUUGAAUGGUUCCACGGCGGCAAACCCUUGAAAGCCGGUUCCCGUUUCCGUACUUUCUGCGAUUUCGGUUUUGUUAUUCUCGAAAUUUCGCCCGUUUAUCCCGAAGAUAGCGGCGAAUAUUCGUGCCGUGCCACAAACCAAUAUGGCGAAGCUGUAACACAAGCCAGCAUGAAAGUGCAAGGCAAACGCAGCAUCAUUCUCGAAUCGCAACUCCCCAAGGGCAUGGAAGGCACAAUCGAUAAAAUUGCCGAACUCGAAGGUUUGGGCGCAGCUCCCGGACAAGCUCCCAUGGAUGAUGACACCGGAAAACCUCCUGAAUUUAUCACGACUCCCGCUGAUGCGACAAUUAAUGAAAACUCGUUGGCUCAUUUCGAGUGCAAACUCACGCCAAUUAACGAUCCCUCGAUGCGUGUCGAAUGGUAUCACAAUGGAAAAGCCCUUUGGUCUGGUUCUCGUAUCAAGACUAUCAACGAUUUUGGUUUCGUAAUCCUCGAAAUUGCCGGUUGUUAUCAACGCGAUAGCGGAUUGUACACGUGCAAGGCGACAAAUCGUCAUGGCGAGGCAACCGUUAAUUGCAAACUUGCUGUUAAAGGACGUCAAGGCAUCAUUAUGGAGCCUCAAUUGCCUUCCAGCUUCCGUACAGGCACCGAAGCGAUCCAAAAAUUGGAAGAAACGUUGCAUAAACGCGAAGAAAUCUCCCAAGAUGAGGAACAACCAAAUCCUCCACGCUUCACAGUCGAGCUCAAAGACAACGUUGACAUCCAGGAAGGAGGUCCCGUUCACUUUGAUUGUCGCGUCGAGCCUGUGGGCGAUCCCUCGUUGCGUAUUGAAUGGUUCCACAAUGGUCGUCCAUUCGCAACCGGGUCACGUGUUCACAUGUUGAACGAUUUCGGUUUUAUCGCACUCGACAUGGACUAUGCUUAUGCUCGUGACUCGGGCGUUUACGAAUGUCGCGCCACAAAUAAGUGGGGAACUGCUUCUACCAUGGCAAAGGUCACGUGCAAGUCCAAAGUUGGCAUUGUCACGGAUUCGCAGCUGCCUGAUGGCAUGACUGGCGAGAAAUUGAAGGAAUUGGAACGUGGUCCAAUCUCCGCGGCACCAAAAGAGGAUGCUACUUUCGGUCCUCCGAAGUUUGUGACGUUCUUGUCGGACCAAACUGUCGACGAAAACGGCGCAAUUCGCUUGGAAUGUCGCGUUGAGCCCAAAGAAGAUCCCAAAUUGCGUGUUGAAUGGUACCGCAAUGGAAAAUUAUUGCCUUCGGGACAUCGUUUCCGUACCGUUUACGAUCUUGGCUUCGUUUCGCUUGACAUUUUGUACGUUUAUGCCGAAGAUAGCGGUGAAUAUGUCUGCAAAGCGGUCAAUGAUCACGGAGAAGAUACCACAAAAUCGCAUAUUUCGUGCAAGAAACUCCCCAAUAUCGUUUUGCAGAACCAAAUUCCCAAGGGAAUGCAAAAAUCCGAUACUUUGAUGCAAAUGGAAGCCACCAUCAAGAAAUACACGCAAGAAAUCUUCCUCACCGAAGACGAUUUGUUCGAUCCAGAUCGCAAACAACCGCCGCGUUUCGUUGUUCAAAUUCAAGAUCAAACCAAGUUGCACGAAAUGCAAGCCACGAAAUUCGAAUGUCAAUUGGCUCCGGUUGGCGAUCCGAAUAUGAAGGUCGAAUGGUUCUUCAAUGGACGUCCAUUGCCAUACAAAAAUCGAUUUACGCCAAUUUACGACUUUGGUUAUGUCGCGAUGAACUUUGGAUGGGUCUAUCCGGAGGACAGCGGAGAAUAUCUCUGUCGCGCUACCAAUUUGUACGGCAUGGAUGAAACGCGUGCCGUUAUUAAGACGCAAGGCAAGCCAGGCAUUAUCUAUGACUCGCAAUUGCCCAAAGGCAUGCAAAGUAUGCGCAAGAUUCGCGAGAUGGAAGCGCAAUGGUCACAAGUGCCCGAAGCCCCUGUCGAAGAAGCAAAACCAAAAGCAGCUCCAACUUUCGUCAGCCAUCCCGAUUCCAUCCAAGUCGAGGAAGGUGAAUGGGCUCGUUUCUGUUGUCGCGUCACGGGACAUCCUCGUCCUCGUGUUAUGUGGCUCAUCAAUGGGCACACUGUCGUUAACGGUCAACGUUUCAAACUCACCUACGAUGGCAUGUAUCACUUCGAUAUUCCCAAAACGCGUCAAUAUGACACUGGCAAGAUUGAAGUUAUCGCCCGCAACUCCGUUGGCGAAGCUAUGGCUCGUUGUGAACUCAAGGUUGUCGCCCGUAGCGACGAUUAUCGCAACGUUUUGAAGAACUCGCCACGACCAUGGUACGAUUACGAUCUAGUUCCAUACCAGAAGGAACGUGUCGAAACUGAGCUCGAGAAGACCUUCGAGGAACGCGAGAGAUAUCUCAAGGAGAAAGGCAUCGAGAUCCCGACGGAUCACUUGAAGCCCAAAAACUUCAAGGGAACCGAAACGGAAUGGCAGCAAAUUGUCAAGGAGAAAAAGAGCUCCGAAUAUUACAACAAAAUCGCCGAAAUCGAGUCUGAGCAAAUUGUCAAGGAGCAACGUAAUCGCGAGCAAAAUCAUCAAUACGCGAUUCCCGGAACUCAGAUCUUGAAGGCGACGCAAGCGAAGGACAUGGCUGCCAAAUAUCAACAGCAAUUGGAGGAAACCGAAGAAACGGAAGAAACGAACGCAACUUCAACCACAAAAGUCGUUCAAAAGCCCAAAUUGAAGCCAUCCACGGAAUCUGGCGUUCAUGGUCGCGAAGUGCACGUACAAAAAUCCAAACAAGUGCAAAAAGAAGUGAAAGGCGACAAGGAAAUUACUCGCAAAAUUACCGCAACCGAAACAACUGAGGUCGAACACAAAGGAACAACCUCUGAACGUGUCGUUGAUGGUCCCGUCAAACCUUCGAAACCGCCAGUUUUCACGAAGAAAAUUCAACCAUGCCGCGUGUUCGAGAACGAACCCGCCAAAUUCGAGGUUGAAUUCGACGGCGAUCCAAUUCCCAAAGUAAAAUGGUUCCGCGAAAAGUUCCAAAUCCACAACUCGAAGGACUUCCAAAUCCACACGUUCGGCACGAAGAGCGUUUUGCAAAUCCGUCAAGUUUUCCUCGAAGAUUCGGCAGUUUUUGCCGUUGUCGCCGAGAAUCGUGGCGGAUCUGCCAAGUGCAGUGCUAAUCUCGUUGUCGAACAACGUCGUGCAGGAGGUGCUGGAGGCAAAAUUCCCCCAAGUUUCGUCAGCACGACACAAGAUACGACAAUUCCCGCUGGACAAUUGGCUCGUUUCGAUGCCCGCAUCACAGGAACGAAGCCUCUCGAUGUCUAUUGGUUGAAGAAUGGCAAGAAAGUCACGCCAAAUAUCAAAUAUAAGAUUUUGGAGGAACAAGAUACGUACACGUUGCUCAUUAUCGAGGCCUAUCAAGAAGAUGCCGGCAAAUAUGAGUGCGUUGCAGUCAAUAGUUUAGGCGAGGCACGUUGCGAAGCAGUUUGUAAUGUCGAAGCACCAACAUCUCCGACGAAAGAUAAGCCAACAACACCCGGAAAGGAAACUGCCCCGAAAAUUCUCGAGCCAAUUAAGGAUCAAAAGGUCUCCGAAGGUCAACCGACUUUCUUCAAGACGCGCGUUUCCGGCAAACCCGCACCCACAGCGCAAUGGUACAAGGGCGACAAAGUCAUCAAACCCUCAAAAUACUUCCAAAUGUUGAAGGAUCGCGAAUAUUACACCCUCAAAAUCUCCGAGGCCUUCCCCGAAGACGAAGGAUCUUACAAAUGUGUCUUGACAAACCCCGCGGGAACCGUUAACACGACCGCCACGUUGAAAGUUGUCGCUCCCGAGACAUCAGAUGCUCUGCCAAAAUUGACGCCAUUGAAGGAUGUCACGUGCGAAGAAGGAAGUCCAGCGCAAUUCAAAACCAUGAUCACGGCAAAGUCAAAAGUUUCCGUGCAAUGGUACCGCAAUGGACUUCUGAUCCCCGAAUCGCCCGAUUUCCAGAUGAUCUUGGAAGGCAAUAAUGCCGUUCUCUUAAUUGCCACGACAUACGAAGAGGAUUCCGGUAAAUUUACAUGCCGAGUCACGACAUCCGCUGGCCAAGUUGAGUCCUCAGCCAAUUUGCUUGUCAAAAAACGUCGUAAGGCUUCCCGUCGUCUCGUUUUAACAGACGGUCAAGAGGUUACGCCAGACCAGCAGAAAAAUGGCGAAAAGCCGAAAUCACAAGGAGCGCCAGGUACCCAUGAUGACAACAACAAUACUGGCUUCGAUAGCUCCGAAUACACGGAAGAGAGUGAGAUAGACACGGAAUUCGUGCCACAAGGUGACGAAAGUCUCCCAUGGCGUCGUUCACGUUCACGCCAAGCCCCGUGGAAACGCAGAGCAUCACGCGACCGAUCCGCGCAACGAGAUCGUUCCCUAUCCUCAGGGCGUCAAGAAGUCAAACCAUGGACCGAGGAAGCUGUAAAACUGAAAAAAGCUCCCGUUAUCCAGAAGGAAGUGCGAAGAGAGAGCAUUCCAACGGUCGAAUUGAAGCCGAGUCAAACGGUGAAGCGUGAAAUUCCUCGCGAAAAGUUGGAAAGUGUGCAGCUGAGACGUGUCUCGAUCGACCAAAAAGUUGACGAACUGAGACAAGAAGAAAUUGAGGAAAAACACACGGAUGACGUUUCAAUUUUGGAAAUUACGCAACAAAUUGACGAACUUAUCAGGAAAGACAUUGAGACUGGAAAGCAAUAUAAAGACAUGCGACAAGACACGGACGAAACUACAUUACUUAAAGUUGACAAACGAACCGACGUUGAGGAAACUGACUUGACAAAGACUAAAGAAGAAGCUGUACCAUGGAAAAGAGGACCCAAAUCACGAGACACGUCUCUUGAUAAACGCCAACAUACCGAAGACUCGUCGUUGCUCGAUGUCAAAAAACGUGAAGAUGUCACGGAAGAAAGCAAAGAACAGCCAGUGCCAUGGAAACGAGGACCUAAGCCACGAGAUACUUCCCUCGACAAAAAAUCUCAUACAGAAGACACGACUUUGCUUGAUGUCAAACAAGAAGAAACUACGACUGAGGAGACACAAGAAGCAGCAGUUCCAUGGAAACGAGGCCCACGAUCUCGAUCACGUGAUAUUUCCGCUGAUAGAUCUCGCGAAGAACCCGUUCCAUGGAAUCAGCAACCAGUGAAGCUGCGCCCGUCUGUGAGACAACCCAAGCAAAUCGAGAAAGAAACCAUUGAAGCGGUUGAAUUGAAACCCACGAAAAUUGUGAAGCAAGAAGUUGAGAAGGAAACGCUCGAACAAGUCGAUUUGAAACGUCACAAAGUUGAAAAGACUGAGGAAACGCAACAAUCAGAACAAUAUCAAACUACGGAGGAUUCAACUUUGUUGGAUGUUCGUAAGAGAACUGAGGAAGAAGAAAAAACCGAGGAGAAAGCAGUUCCAUGGAAAAGAGGACAGAGACCCAGAGACACUUCAUUGGACAAGAAAUCUCACACAGAAGACACGACAUUGUUGGAUGUGAGACAAAAAGAAGAGGAAAGUGUCCAACAAAAGCCUGAAGAAACUGCUGUGCCAUGGAAACGAGGACCAAAGCCAAAGAAACCUGAAGAAGAAACAAUCACUCAUGUCGAGGAUCAAACUUUGUUGGAUGUCAAACAGGAGGAAACUGUUGAAGCAGUUGAAAAACGUAAGAUCAAGAAGAUCGUAAAGGUAAAGAAACCACAAGACAAAGAAACAACUUCACACGAAGAAGAUAGCACUUUACUAGAUGUUGAGACGACACAAGAAGAAGAAACUCCAGUUGUGCCAGAAGAAACUCCCGUUUCAUGGCGUCGUGGUCCUAAAAAACAACCUUCGGAAAAAACUGAAAAGCCAACCGAAGAAAAGGUUGAACCUCUCGAAGAAGACAAACCCAUUGAAGAAGAACCAUUUGUUGUCGAAGAACUUCCUGAAAAAGUUCAAAUCGUUGAAACCAAAACACAAGAAGGCACUGUCUCGAAACAGGUUAUCAAGAAACGCGUAAUUCGCAAGACGAAACCUAAAAAGCAAGAAAUUACUGAGAUCAUCAGUAAACAAGUCGACGAAGAUUUGCCCGUUCACUUUGUGUCUGUGACUGAGCUUCCUCUCGACGAGAACUUGGAGAUGCUGAAGGCGUUCGAGGAACAACCCGAUACUGCUGUAGUUGUCGAGGAGUUGCCCGAACAAGUUCGUGUGAUUCAAGUUCAGACUCAAGAGGGACCAAAGAAACAGACAAUUAAGAAACGAGUGAUCAAGAAGAAGCAAGGUCGACGUGAAUCCAUCACAGAAAUCGUUACGAAGCAAGUAGAAGGAAAAGCUCCUGUUACUUCGAUAACGGUUACAGAGACAGACUUGCCCUUGGAGGAAACAGAUGCUUUUAAACCGUUCAGCGGUAAAAAAGCCAAAGCUCAAGUCGUUGUCGAAGAAUUGCCUGAACAUGUGCAAAUCUUUGAAGGACCUAAAACAUUCGAAGGACCUGAACAACGCACAGUUAUCAAGAAACGCGUUAUUAAGAAACACAAAGGACCCAAGAAACAUGAAGAAACAGAAAUCAUCAUGAAACAAGUUGACAAUCAAACGCCUGAAACGGUUGUUACUGUCAGUCACAUUGAAGAAAUUAUUGACGAAACUACACAACCAUUGAAACCAUUCGAGGAGCUCUUUGAUAAGGCAAAGACACGCAAGACUAGCCUUCAAUAUGGAACAGCGGAAGAACAUCAACCACAAUUGCUCCAAGAGUUUGUAAGACGCUCCAGCAUUGUGAAAGAAGUCACCAAACCAGAAAUCGAAGAAGUCACAGAAGUUCACUUGGAAGACGACAAACCAGUUAAAAAGACUGUCAAACGUCGCGUAUCGAAGAAAAAGCGUUUGUCUGUCGAUGAAACGAAAGAAAUUGUCGCACCAAUUGAAUCUGUUACACUUCUCGAUGAAGAAACAUUGAGUCCAUUUGAACAGCACGAAACUGUGACAGAAAUUGCUCAAACAACGGAAGAGCAACCUGUCGCAUGGAAACGUGGACCAAAGAAAGCCAAACCUGUCGUUGACGAUGUUGAAAAGAAACCCGAAGAUGGUAACGUUCCAUGGAUUGACGCGCCAUCUCGUUUGAAACCUACUAUUCGUCAACAAAAGCCAAUCGAACGUGAAAAGCUCGAAGAAGUUGAAUUGAAACCUUCAAAGGUUCGUAAGUCGAGCGUUGAUCGUGAGGCGUUGGAAGAUGUUUCGUUGAAACCCGUUUCAAAGGACGUCAUUGAGCAAUCGCAAGUUGCGGAAGUUGCUGAAAUCGAACAAGAACAAGUUGAAACGGAAAAACGAAAGAUCAAGAAGAUUGUUAAGGUUAAGAAACCUAAAGACAAGGAAACUGUUGAAGACGUCGAAGAUGAUGCUCGAUUGGAGGUUGAGCAAACGGAAGAGAAACAACCUGAGACAGAACAAAUUGAAACAAUAGAAGAGUUGCCGGAAAAAGUUCAAGUAGUCGAAACAACCUCUGUAGAUGGCACAACGGUAAAACAAGUUAUCAAGAAGCGAACCAUCAAAAAGCGUAAGGGAAAGAAGCAAGAAGUAACAGAAAUUGUUACCAAGGAACAAGAUGAUCAAGCUCCAGUUACAAGUGUAACAGUUGUCGAAUCUGACGUUGAUGAGGCAUCUUCACCAAUUACGCCAUUCAAAGAAACAUUAGAGAAACCUCAGACUAUUGAAGAAAUUCCGGAAGAAAUUCAAGUAACUGAAGUCAAGACUCCUGAAGGACCAAAGAAAGUUGUAACCAAGAAACGAGUUAUCAAAAAGAAAACAGGAAGAAAAGAAACAGUCACCGAAAUUGUUACUCAACAAGCUGAAGGAGAAGCUCCGGUAACAACUGUUGAAGUUAUAGAGACAGUCGUUCCUCAAGAAUUAACUUUAAAUAUUGUUGAGGAAAAACUUGCCGAAGAAAUUGUUGAGCUUCCUGAACGUAUUCAAGUCAUUGAGACUCCAACUGAAGAUGGAAAAACUAAGAAAACGAUCGUUAAGAAACGUACCAUCAAGAAGAAGAAAGGCAAGAAAGAAGAAAUCACUGAAAUUUUGACCAAACAAGAAGAAGGAAAAGCUCCUGAGACUCUUGUUACUUUCAGUGAAGUGCAAGAAACUCUUCCAGGAGAAACUGUUGAAGAGAUAAAGCCACAAGAAGAAGCAAAACCAGAAAAAUCUGAAUUACUUGUUGAAUUUAAUAAGAAAUCAGCUGCUCCAGAUGCUGAAAAGCCAGAAGAGCAAGUAACAGAGGUAAUAAUGGAAGAUGGCAAACCAAAGAAGAAAGUUUCUAAACGACGUGUAACAAAGAAAAAGCUUACGCCAGAAGAAGAAAAUAUUAAACGACUACUUGAACUUGAAGUUUCAAAAACGCCACUUGAAGACUAUGAAAAGACUCAAAUGCCAGAAAAAGAACAACCUGAGGAGUCUGCUCCGGAAGAAGCUGUGCCAUGGAAGCGUGGACCAAAGAAACAAAAACCAGUGCCUGAACAACCUGAAGAGAAACAAUGGCCUACUGGUAAACGUCGUCCAAAACCAGACGAGGAAACAGAAGAUAUUUCGCUUAAACCGAUUCCAAAGCCAAAGAAACAACCAAAAGAAAAACCAGAAAAAGAUGUCAAAGGACCGAAGUUUAUUCCUCAAGAGAUUGAAAUGCCUGAAAAGGAAAAAUCUGAAGAACCAACACCUGAACAACCAACUCCAUGGAAACGAGGUCCGAAGAAGCAAAAACCUGCUCCUGAACAACCUGAAGAGAAGCAAUGGCCAACAGGCAAACGUCGUCCAAAGCCUGAAGAAGAAGAGGAAGAUUUGAAUCUUAAACCUAUUCCAAAACCCAAAAAGGAACCUGAACCAAAGCCUGAGAAAGAUGUUGAAGGACCUGCAUUCAAACCACAUGACUUCCCAGAGACCGAAUACUUGGCGAAACCCAAACCAGAGGAAACAGUCGAAGAACCAAUUCCAUGGAAACGAGGUCCAAAGAAACCAAAACCUGCUCCAGAAGAGCCUGAAGAGAAACAAUGGCCUACUGGAAAACGUCGUCCCAAACCAGAAGAAGAACAAGACGAUAUCAAACUCAAGCCAAUCCCAAAACCCAAAAAGGAGCCCGAAGAAAAGCCUGAAUCUGAUGAUGAAGGACCCAAAUUCACUCCUCAUGACUUCCCUGGCGAUCAACCUGAGAAACAAAAACCAAAGAAGAAGAUCAAGGUGAAGAAGCCCAAACAUCGCGAUGGAGUAACAAUCGAGGAAGUCUCUGAUGACUUACCCGACGAUAUUAUUCCUGAAAGUGACACUGCAGCAAUUAUCAUUGAAGAAAGUGAACCUAUGGAAGUUACAGAAGGAUCUGCAAUGGAGGAAACAACUCCGAUGAAGAAGAAGAAACGUCCUGCUCCAUUGAAGCUAGAUUUGGAGGAGAUCAUGAAACCACAAGAACGCGUCUUUAUCACGGAAGAAGAAGUUCUCCAAGCAGAAGCUGAGGUAAAGAAACCAAAGAAGACAAAGAAAAAGCAUGUCGUGAUUCGCGAAGAGCUUAAUACGAUUGAAUACAAAUCCGAUACUUCUGUCGAAGAAAGUGAAGAAGAAGUUAGUAAGACAACUGUUACACUUAAACAACCUGAAACAGCGAAACCUGUCCCACAACCUGUCGAACACACCGCUGUCGAAGAAGAAGAUGUUGUAUUCCAAAAAGAGACUCAAAUCAAGACAAAAGCUAAAGUUGUCAAGAAGGAAAAGAAACGCAUUCACAUCGAGGAUCGUCAACCAUUCCCCGAGUUGGAACUCAUCACAGAGAAACGCGUUGGUCAAGACGUCGUCGAAAAAUAUCCCGACGAAAACGUUCUCGAUGACGAAGCUGUUCAGGAAUUGCAUGAAACUCGUAUUGAAGAAGUUAAAGCUCUCAAGAAGAAGAUCAAGGAAUCUCGUGUCACGAUUAUGCCUCCACGGUUCAUUGAGAAAUUACAACCUGCCAUCACAGAAAAGGAUCAACCUGUCUUGUUAACUUGUAAAGUUGAAGGAACUCCUUUCCCGAACAUCACUUGGUUCUUCAACGAUACCGAGUUAUUCGCUUCUGAACAUUACAGUAUGACCGUAGUAGAGAACGUUGCGACAUUAGAAAUCGCCAAGGCAACGCCGCAAGAUGUCGGAAUCUACACGUGUCAAGCGAAGAAUGAAGGCGGUGUUGCAACUACUCGUACAAAUGUGAUCGUACAAGAACCAGAAGAAGUUGGAGUUGCUCCAUCUUUCAUUACUCCAUUGAAGAUUGAAGUUCCCGAAGACAAAGACAAGGCAAAGGUAACGUGUCAAGUACAUGGCAUCCCACAACCUACUGUCAAAUGGUACAAAGAAGACGUUGAAAUCGUCAAUUGUGAAGAGACAGUUAUCUUGUAUGACGAAGAAACGGGACAUACUGUUCUUGAAGUUACCAAUCCCGAGAAGAAUCGUCCUAUUGUGUAUACCAUUGAAGCUGAAAACAAGUUCGGAAGAGCAAUUGGUCGUGCAAAUGUCUUUAUCCAAGAACAUCUCAUCGAAAAGAAACCCGAAAAGCUCAAGGCACCAAAGAUCAUCACGCCAUUACGAGCUCAAAUUGUCAAAACUGGUUCUACGUUGAUCUUCGACUGCAAAUACGAAGGUUUACCUCAACCAACUGUCAAAUGGUACAAGAACGGCAAAGAAAUCAAGGUUGAAGAGGAAGAAGAUGUCACUAUCAUCACGGAAGAAUAUCGCAGUCGCUUGGAGAUUCGCAACGUAAACCGCAAGAGAACCGGAAAAUACGAAAUUGUAGCUACCAACAAGGCUGGCGAAGCAAAAUCAUCCGGAUCUGUUGUCGUAUCUGACACGAAAGAUGAACAAGUGAAGGCACCACGCUUCAUUAAGCCUCUAACACCAAAAGUUGUGGCUGAAAAUGAAGUUGUCAUCCUUGAAGCUACUGUUGAAUCAUAUCCAACUUCAUCCUUCCAAUGGUAUUACCAUCAAACUCCGAUAAAAUCAUGUAACGAAACCAGAAUCGUUACAAAUGACAACAAAUCAACUUUGGUUAUUGAACAAUUCACGAAGAAAGCAUCCGGAGCAUAUACAUGUCGCGCCGAAAACGUCGCUGGAUCUGUCACAUCAACUGCCACAAUUGAAGUUCUCGAGGAAGUUCACAUGGAAGAAGUGACAGAAUUCACAUCGCCACGUUUCGUCGAAAAAAUCAAACCAACUCGUGUCAUGGACGGCGAAAAACUUGUUCUUUCAUGUCAAGUUCGCGCUGUUCCAACACCCAAAAUUCAAUGGUUGCAUAACGAUGUGGUCAUUAACGAAGCGAAACACGUUCAACUGGAGCAAGAUACAACUGGCGUAUGUACGUUGAUCAUUCCCGAAGUGUUCCCCGAAAAUGCGGGCGAGUACACGUGCGUCGCCGAGAACAAACUUGGCAAAGCUGUUUGCAAAACUACAGUGAUUGUCGAGGCAUUUGAGUAUAUUCCCGAUUCUGAGAUCACAAGUCAAACGCAAGAUGCGGAGGAAGAUCAUACGGAAGACGACACUUUGGCAGAAUUUGCUCCAAAGAUCGUCAAAGAACUACCAAAAGUAGUCGAAACGACAGACAAGCAACUCACAAAGCUCGAAGUUAAGGUAAUUGGUCAACCAAAACCGGAAGUAAAAUGGUUGAAAGCUGGUGCGGAAAUUAUUCCAUCAGAAGAUUAUCAAAUAUUUAACUUUGAUGAUGGCACGUCAGUUUUGGUUAUCAAUGACGUUUAUCCAGAUGAUGCUGGAGAAAUUACUUUCGAGGCUUAUAACGCCCUUGGCGUAGCAGUAACGACCACAGAACUCAGUGUUCAAGAAAUCGUUGGCACCAAAGAUUAUCGCAAGCCAGAGUGGGUAACACACAUGGAAGAAAUGCAAGAGGCACUACAAGAAACUAAACGAGACGAAGUAGUAGAAGAAUCAACAACGACAACGAAGAAACGAAUUUCGAAAGCAAAAGUAGUUAAAAAGAAGCAAGAAGACGUAGUUGUAGUAGAAGAGGUCCAAAAACGCGUGAAAGAAGGCGAAGAUGAAGAAGAAAUCGAAGAAGAAUUACGCAAAAAACAAUUAUUAGAAAUUAAGAUUAAACUUAAGUCCGUUAAACCCGUACACGAAGAAGUUCCCGAAGAGGCAACUGGCGAAUUUGACACCGACGAGUUCACAAAGCAGAAAUCCUUGCCCUUAACCAUCGCCUCGGAGCGAAAUGAGUCCACAGUACAAGCUUCAGUCUCCUCUAUCGUGCCCGAGAAAGCAACCGACUCAAAAGCGAGCGUUGAAUUUAUCCCACAGCGCCCUCUACAGGUACAAGAAACGCAAUCGCAGGACAAAGAAGAGUCAAAUAUCGUCUUUGACGCUUCCAAACUGCUUCAGACACCAAGUCAGAGUCUUGCGGGUGUCAACCAAGGCGUUGAAGUAUCCGAAGUUGACUUGAAACAAACGUCAGAUACCUUAAAUGUUGAUGCGCCCCAACAAACAAAGGCAAAAUCGGAAGUUGUGUCAGUUUUAUUACAAGCUGCACAAACCCAACGCACAGAAACGCACGAAAUGGAGACCAAAUUAGGUGAAUUUACGCAACAACAGGAAAUGGCAAGCACGAAAUUCGUCACGCAUGAUGCCACGGUCACGAUUGAGACGAUGACAAGUGAUAAAGAGGCGAAAUUGCCGGGCAAGGAACAACCAAUAGUGUCACAAGCCACGGAAAAGGUCUUGCAAAAGCAAGGAGUUCAGGUUACAGAAACGCUCCAUCAUGAAUCUGAAGUUUCGUACAAUUCGGAGGAGUUCAAUAAAGUACAGCCCAAAUAUACGGUCAAGCCGCACGAAGUGAUCGAAGAAAGUGAGGUUAUAACGGCAGAUCAGCCCGGCAAAUAUACGCCUGAGUUGAUUGUCGCCACGGAAAUUGCACGUAAAGAUAUCGUUCCCGUACACGGACUCAUAACACAAGAAACGAAUGUGUCAGAACUCGAAGACACGUACACGGCAGCACGUGCACCACAAACCGAAACGGCAGAAUUCUCCAUUAAAACGAAACAAUCAUACACAAUACAAGAGACACUGACACAAGAGUCGGAAGCAGACUUGUUUACGCAGGCAUUACCGGGCGUUUCGCAAGCGGUCGAUGCGGUUCGCGUGCAAGAAAGUCUUACCGCGAGUACGGUGCAAGCGCAAAGUCCCGUCGAUGAACUUGCGGUAUCGCCAUUUGACGUUAAAAACGUCAAUGUCACUGUCGACGAACGUAUUCCCGUGAUUUCAUCUGAAACGGAGGUCAUUGAAACCGAAAAUCUCCUUGAAACACAAAAACUGGAACAAGGUAAACAAGCAACAGUUAAUGUUAGUACACUUUCUGUCGGAGAACAAAACAUCCAAGAUUUGGCAGAAAAAGAAGAAGAAUAUGACGGAAAACUCCCGCUUCCAACUGUUCAAGCUAAAUCCUUGACAGAUACCUUGCAAAAUAUCGCAGUUGAAGAACAAACAAUCCUCGAUACUUCAAACACUUUCGAACGAGGCGAAUUCAAAACCGAAUCAGCUCAAAUUGGGUUAACCUUACAAUCGAGUAUGGCAAUUGAAACCACUCAUCCUCAUGAAAAAGAAUCAGAUUUGGUCUUAAAAUCAUCAGAAACGAAAGCUCUCGCUGAAAAAUCCAUCACGGAACAUCCAUCCGUUGAAGUUACUGCUCAAGAAGUUGUCGAAUCAGAGAAAGAAUUCACUGGAAAGCUUCCCAUGAACGUUCAACAAGCGAAACAAGCUCAAAAUGAGGCUCUUCGUACCGUCUUGAAAGAAGAAGUGACUUUGUCUGAAGCUGCUUCUUCACUCGAAGAGGAGAAACCUUCAGAUGCAAAGGCUAAAGUUCAAUCUGAUGAGGUACAAUCCUCGAUUAUUCAAGAAACAGUAACUUUAGAUACUUUCAAAGAAUAUGAAGAACAGGAGAAACCACUAAAAGCUGAAGCUGAUGUCGCGAUGCAAGUUCAGAAAGAAUCCAUUACAGUUUCCAUUGCGCAUAGCGAUAUGCGUGAAGAGGAAGCUGACUUUGCAUUUACCAAAGCGGAAGCUCGUCCUGAUUUCGUUCCGCAUCGAACGCCAGUUCAGCUUGAACAUGUAACUGCUGAUGUCUAUGAAAUGGCGGAACAAGGCGAAAUUAUGCCCACGAAGAAGGCAAAGACGUUACAAGAAGCUUUUGAAGCAGCGCAAGUUGAACAUGUGGAAGUCGGCGAAUGCGAAUCUGAAUUCCUUCGACCUGAUAGUCCGGAAAAGAAACAAGGAUCUGUCAGUUAUGACGGGUUAAAGACCCCGAUCAGUUCAGAAACUGUCACUAAUGAGGCAGGAGACUUACUUAAAAUACCAAAACCUGAAGAGAAAAAUGUACAAACAACACUUCAACCUUUGGAAUCAGUUCAAGUUAAUCUCGUUGAAGCUUCCGUUCGCGAAGAAAUCCUUCCCGGAUAUGAACAACCAAAGUCCGUAACAGCUUCAGGAAAUAUUUCAGAACUUUUUGUAUCACAAAAGCAAGAAACUCUCGUUGCCAGUAGCACAGGUGAGUUGGAAGAGUUCAAACCAACUUCUGAUACGGGAGUUUCGGCGAUCACAGGAAUGGAGCACAAAGCACCCGAAAUGCAUGAAACACUUACGAUGCAAAGUGUUGGUCAAGUACCAAUUGAUGAAAACACAGAACGCAAUGCCACGGGCGAAAUAAUCCCAAUUGAAGUGAUUUCCAAACUUGAAACUGUCACAGGAGAACAUUUCCAACAACUGCCUGAACUUGAAAAAGACACAAAAACUGCUGAAGUUCAUCAAUCAUACGUCGAAAGUGCCCAAAUUCAAGAAGUUUUAUUGCACGAUCGCGAAUCUGAAUUCGCACGUCCUUCAAGUCCCGAAAAGAAACAAGGAUUUGUCAACUUUGAAGCACUUGAAGCGGCAAAGAAGCAAGAAAAUGUCGUCGUUGAGAACUUUGAACAACUUGAAAUUGAGAAACCCGAAGGUCGUUUAGCGGAAAUUGCUCAAUCGACGCACGAUGCAUUGCAAGUGCACGAAACGACAGCAGCUUCAAAGGAAUCUACGUUGAAAGAAGAUGAAAAGCCAAAGACAGUUCAAGCUGCUGAAGAACUUAAUGAAAUUGUUCCUUUACAGAGCAUGGAAGUUUAUGCUCAAAGUGGCACCGAAGAGAUGCCCAAGUUCGAAAAAGCACUUGAAAAUGCCGGAGAACAACGAAUUUUGGUAGAUUAUAAGGUUCCGCAUACGCAAGAAGUUGUUGUCGGUGACAGUUUAGGCAAAGUCGAUGACCUAACCUUAAAUGAACAGAAAGCAACUUCAGAUUUUUCGGAAGUUACAGUACCCUUGAAGUCUGAAAACGUGAAAUUAGAGCAUUUUGCGACACUUGAGACUGAAAAACCAGAAGAUCGACAAGCGGAAGUUGUUCAAACGUAUCAAGAAAGUAUCGAACAACGUCAAGAUUUUGUUGGUGAAUCGGAAAAAACGUAUGAACAAGCGACACAAGAGUUCAAACAAGGCAGUGUUUCGUAUGAGGCAUUAAAAACUGCUGUAAAAUCCGAAACUGUUACCUCAGACAAUGUUGAACAACUUGAAGUUACUGUGCCGGAACCUAAACAAAGUGUGACUUCACAAAUCCCACAUGAAGCUUUAGCUGUUGAUGUGGUUGAAACAGGACAAAAAGAGACAGAACUUGCUGCUCAAGAUAAACCUAAAGAAUUUACUGCCUCAAAAACUUUCGAAGAACUUCAAAUCAGCUCGAAAUCCGAAACUCUUGUACAAGAUAGUACGAAAGAUUUGGCAGCAUUAGAAUUCAAUACGGAAGUUUCACAGCAAAAACCCGUCGAAGUAGAUCACAAAAUCGCAGAUAAGCAAGAAGUGGUUGUUGUUGACACCGUUGGCAAAGUUGAUGAGUUCUCGUAUUCAAUGCAAAAGGCAACUAGCGAAUAUUCAGACUUACGAGCGCCUGUUAGUGAGAUCACCCAUGCUGAUGAUCACUUAAAAGACAUUCAACCAGAGGAAGUUAAACCAAAACAAGCUGAAAUUUCACACGCAUUAAUCGAAGGAAAAGAAAUUUCUGAGACUUUAAUUCACGAAAGUGAACGACAAUUCACUGACAAACUCGAAUUCGACACAAAAACUGCUGAAAAAACAAUUGAUAUGCUCAAUACUUCGUUAAAAUCGGAAGUUGUAGUCGGCGAAGGAUUCGAAGAGCUUGAAACAAUUGUUCCGGAAACGAAAACUUCUACUUUGGAACAGAUCCCGUUACAAGCAGUAACAGUCGAGAGCACAGAAACAGCCAACAAAGAGUCAAAUUUGAAAGAUUUCGAACGUCCUAAGGAAGUAACAGCCUUCAAAUCAGUAGAUGGGGAGCUUGUGAUACCCGUGAAGCAUGAAACGCAUGAACUUCAGUCGACUACUGAUUUCGCAGAUGAACAAGCGAAGUUGGUACAAGGUACCCAAAAGACUUCUGAGGUUGAACACAAAGUUACGACAACAUCUGAGAUCAUCACGGGCGAUGCUACAGGCAAAAUUGAUGAAUUUACGUUGGAUCUACAAAAAGCAAUGCCUGAAUACAGCGAUUUACGAGCGCCACAAACGAUGGAAACAGUAGUUGAAGAUAGUGUUGCUACCGUAACGGUUCAAGAAACGGAACAUAGAACUGCGGAAGUGUCUCAAACCUUCGUUGAAGGAGUUGUUAUCCAAGAAAAUCUCGUGCAUGAACAAGAAAAACCUUAUGAAGGCAUGCCAGAAUUCGAAACAAAGACAGGACAAGUAUCUUAUGAAGCUCUAAAGACAGCUGUCAAAGCUGAACCUUUAACUUCAGAAAAUACGGAAGAUUUGCAAAUCCUUCAACCGGAAGAGAAACUUCCUUCUGUCACGCAAUUAGAACAAGAAGCUGUCGGAAUUCAGGAAACUGUUGUAUCUGAAAAGGAAAAGCUUGGUUUGGAUUCAUUGGAAAAACCGAAGGAAUAUCAGGCGACGCCUAAUUUCGAUGAACUUGUAUUGCCGCAACAAUCCGAGGUGAUUGCUCAUUCAGGAACGACUGAUCUGGAAAUACCUGAAGUAAAAACGCAAGUUAGUCAAGUAAAAUCUACUGAUAUUGAGCUCAAGACUCCAUCAGCGAUGAAGCCUCAAACCAUGGAAACUAUCGGAAAAGUUGAAGAUUUGACUUACGAAACGAAGGUUGCUCAACCAGAAGUUGAAGAAAUGUCCAUCGCCUCAACUGCACAAGAUCAGGUCCUCGAUCAACCUCAAACUUUGGAAGAAUCUGCUCCAGAUAUGAAACAAGCCUCGACAACUCAAGAUCAAAUCCACACAAUGCAAGUUCACGAAGUCGUAAUUGGCGAAAGUGAAGGCGAUUUCCUCACCGAAGGCGUUACUCCGGCAGAGAAAAGUACUUCGGUCAACUUUGAUGUUCUCAAAACGGCGGUUCAUUCUGAAACUACCAUCGUUGAUAAUGUUGCCGGAUUUAAAACAGACGAGACGGAACAUCGUAAUGCUCUUGCCACGCAAGAUUUAAUUGAAGCAACGCAAGUUCAUGAAGUCACAUUGGGUGCAAAAGAGACAGAAUUAGCACCCGAUGAUGCGCCAAAAGAGUACAAAGCUCAACCGCAAAUAAAUGAAAUGGUUUUGCCGGAACAGAGUGAGGUUAUUGUUCAAAGUAGCGCCGGUAAUGUCGUACACGAAGAAACAAAACACGAAACUAUUCACGAAAAAUUAAUGGACAUUGAAUUCAAAAUACCAUCUGCACAAGAAAUUGUCACAGGUGAGUCCUUGGGUAUUGUUGACACGAUAAAAUACGAGACACAAACGGCAUCCGCCGACAUUUUACAACGUCUCCAAGCGCCAACCACACAAGAAACCAUCGCACUCGAGUCAAACGCUCUCCAAGAACACCAACCCCAAACAGAAGGGCGUCAAGCCACCACAGUUCAGUCCCUCAUUGAACCCGUUCAAAUUCACGAAGUGACGCCACACGAAAGCGAAAACAAAUUUGACACGGAAAAAACAGACACGAAACAAGGCAUUGUCUCCUUCGAAGAAUUCAAAACUUCCGUAACACAAGAAACAAUCACGGGAGACACUGCGACCCAUUUGGAGGUCGAAGGUAAACAAGAAACGACACCAAAUAUCACACAAAUACCACACGAAGCGAUGGUCGUUUCCGAUGUCACGGUCCAAAGUAGCGAAGGAACCUUUGUGCCUGAGGAAAAGCCGAAAGAACGCACUGCACAGCCAGGUUUCGAUGAAUUGACGGUUCCGCAAGUCGGAGAAACUGUUGUCGGAAGCAGUGCGGGAGAGUUUGAAGCUCCUGCAGCUGCUCCGAUGGCGACUUUGACACAAAAACCCGUAGAUGUAGACUUGAAAAUCCCAAAUACGACACAAAUUAUCCCAAUUGACAGUCACGGGGUACACGAAGACUUCACAUACACAGAACAAACAGCGGCAGAACUCACAGAUAAACACCCGGCGAUCCCAAUUCAAACCUCGGAGGUACAACCGAUCGACCAUUCGGAGAAUUUAUCCGACGAAAAGUUGGAUGAAAAGACUGCGAAUGUCGUUCAAACGUUCAAAGAGCAUUUAGGAGUGACCCAAGUUGAGUCACUUGUCUCCGAAGACAUUUUGCAAGUCAAAGAAGCGCCCGAAGAAAAAACUGCGAACCAAACUUUAGACAAAGCCUUGAAAACUCCCUUGAAAUCUGAGGUUUUAACACAAGACACUGUCGGGGAAAUCGCUCCCGAGUCAAAUGACACAAAAACUGCGACGUUAAAGACUGAUUCUGGUCUCUUAACGUCCGUAAAGGAGCAAAUUUUACCCCAAGACACGUUCGGUUCGUUGCAAGAUUUCAAACCAACAGAAGAGUUGGCCAAUCAAAAGCAUGUCGAACACGAACCAAUCAUCACACACGAACAAACAAUCAUAAAUCAAGAAGGUAUUUUGCCCGAAGAACGCAAACCUGAUACAUUUAAUGCCCAACCCGCCAUUGAUUCGAUGCCCCAUGCGCUUGCUUCUGAAACAAUUGUGCAAGAUUCCACGGGAAAAUUCGCAGAACACGUUCCCGUAGCAGAAGAAGCGACUGUCAAACAAUCCGAAGUCCCCCAUAAAGUCCCCCAAAGCACAGAAGCCCAAAUCCACGAAUGCGUCGAUACGUUCGGCGAAACAAUUCCCGCACAAGAUAUCGCCCAACCAGACGUCAUUAAGCUCAGUGCACCCCAAAUACACGAAACUAUGGUACAAGAACAGACGGAAACGCUCGAAACGCCCACUGUGGCAGACAAAAAGGCACAAAAAACACAAUCUUUACACGAAAAUUUACAAAUUACAGAAGUUGUCUCACACGAAAGUGAAAAUUUAUUAACGACCGAGACACGACCCGAUACGAAAAAGGCUGAAACGACCUAUGAUGCCCUUCGUACCCCGGUGAAAUCGGAAACUUUAACGAGUGAUUCAAUUGCAGAAACGUCAGAAAUGAAGCCGAAAGAGGAAAUAGCAACAAAAACUCAACUCACAUCCGAAGCUUUGGAAGUCCAAAUGGUAGAAACGGGAGCUAAAGAAGGCGAAUUUGCAGCUGGAGAGUUGCCAAAUGCAGGAAAUGCUGUUAAAACCAUCGAUUCGAAGCUGACAACGGCUUUGAAGGAAGAAAUAAUUGACGCUGCUCAUGCAGAUGAACUUCUUAUCCCUCAACCGGAGACAAAAACCCCGCAAGAAAGUGUCAUUGACACGCAAUUUAAGACCCCGGAGGCGCAGGAAACGCUCGUACAUGAAUGCGCCGAAGAAUUUUCCGAACUGAAACCCAUGGAAGAUACGGCAACGAUGACUUUCGACACUGUCAAAGCCGCAAUUGUCCAAGAAAGUGUCGUUAACGAAGGCACCGACGGCUUUUAUGAGUUAGAUACGACAGGAAAACAGGCAAUUUUAACCACUGACGAAGCGCAAAGUGCUCAAGUUCAACAAAACAUCGCUUUAGAUAGCGCCAAGGAACUGCAAAAAGACGAAAAACCCGAAGAAAAGACCGCGGGAAGUACUUAUGAUAUGCUCAAAGCAGGCGUAAAGACAGAAAUUCUCACUUCUGAAACGACAGACAACGUCGAAACGCCCCGCAUGAAAGAAGAAACAGUCAAAGAGUUUACCCAAGUUCCAUUUGAAGCGCUUACAGUGCACGCUACUGAAGUAAUUGACAAAGAAUCGAAUUUAUCGGAUUUCAAACAACCGACAAGUGUUCAAGCGCAAAAGGCAAUUUCCGAAAUGAAUGUUCCGGAAAAGUCGCAAGUUGUGCCUGAUUCUCACGUGACAGAUUUAGAAAUUGAAGAGCCAGCGCAUGACAUGGUUGAGCACAUUUCCAUCAAUUUGGGCUUCCCAACGCAUCAAAGCACGGAAAUUGUGUCGGAAGAAGGCAUUGGAGAGUUUAAGCCAGAAAAGGCGGUGCAAGACGAAGCGAAACCGGAUGUCGUGAAAAUGAGUGCAGCAACAACGUCGGAAACAGUAACGCAUGAGGAAGUAUCUGAAUUAGGUGACAAGAGGCCCCAAGAACAAGAAUCUGCUACACUUACACUCACGCCACACAAAUCACUUACCGUCGAAGAGACACGAAUCGACGAAAUCGAGAGCACAUUUGAACGCAAACCUGAAGUCCCCACGAAACAAGCGCAAGUAUCUGUGGAUGCCUUAAAAGCCACUGUCAAAAUGGAGGAAAUUCCCUCCGAAGCACCUUCAGAUUUGGAUGUCAAAGCCCCAAAGCAAGACACGGGCGUUAUGAAACAAGAAAAUAUCGAGGCACUGAUCGUAACGGAAGACAUGAGUCACGACAAAGAAACGAUUUUUGAAGAAGAUCGCCCAAAAGAACAAAUUGCAAGCAAAAAUGUCGAUGCAAUUAUUUUACCACAAAAAUCUGAAACGACAAUUUCCGAGUCAGUUUCUGAAUUUUCCGAUGAAAAACCCGUUUUUGAUCAAAGUAAAGUGACUGACGUGACGAAAGAACAGCGUUCAGUUACGCAACAAGAAACAACUCUCGCUGAAUCAACAAUUCCCGUUGAAUCAGAGAAACUCGACACACAAAUGGCGAAACCUCUAAUGACUGAUUUCAACUUUGCUCCUCAAGUCAAAACGACUGAGACGAAUGAAUUCGAGCAAAUUUUCGAUGAAAAGCCUGUUGAAGCUGAAAAACAAGCAAAACCCAAACAAGAUACCUUGGAAAGUCUUCAAAUCAACGAAACCCUAACUGGAGAACAUGCAAGUGCCUUAACGGUUCCUCGAGUAGAUGAAAAAUCAGGAACUGUUACGAUCGAUGAAGCACUUAAAACGCCUCUUAAAACGGCGAUGGAGACAGUUGAUGCAGUUGAUGUCUUAAAAGACGUGAAACCCGCUGAAGAAACAGGCCAAUUGACGCAAGAUACAAAACAAGCGUUGAUUGUGGGUGAAACAGUCAUUGGAGCGAAGGAAGCUGACUUGUUUGUUGACUCAACGCCCGCCAAAGAACACACCGCUGAAGGUCAAGUGACGCAUCUCGUGGCUCCGGAACAAAGUUUGGUCCAAACUCAGGACUCGCAUGGCGAAUUUGUAGAUGAAAAACCACAAACGGAGCAUACGAAGCAAGUUCCAGCCGACACGAAGCACAAACAGACAGGUCUCGUAACAGAACAUGUCUUGGGCGAAAGUGUCGGCGGCGAAGAAAUCGCUCUGGAGCUCGAGACACAAGAAGCUAAGGCUGCUUUCGGUAUUUUACAGGCUGCAAUUGUGAGUGAGACAGUGCCAGAUACGGGUUUGGAUCAAUUAUUGACCGAAAAACAGAAGGAUGUGCAAGCAAAAGUCGUGCAAUCCGCCGUCGAAGGACUUCAGGUGCGCGAAAAUGUCUUGCACGAACGCGAAGAUUCGCUCAAACACGAAAAACCGCAAGAACAAAAGGCGGCACACACAUUCGAUACACUCAAAUCGUCUGAGGUGACGGAAACAAUUCCCGCUGAUUCGACCAUCGAUGCAAAUAUCACAGAUAAAACGCACAAAGAAACGAUCAAACAGUCACAUGUGCCACACGAAGCACUUUCUGUGCAAGAAACGCAAGUGCAAGACUCCGAAUUGCCCGCGGAAACGUGCAAAACGCGUGAGUUCCAAGCGAAUGUAGCAUUCACGGAAGCCAUUGCGGCCGAAAACAAAGAAAUUCUCGCACACACAACCACGGAAGACUUGUCCGAAGACGCUCCGAGCACGACACAAGCCACGUCACGCACGCUAAUACGCGAGAAACACGUUCCCAUUACGACACAAAUUGUACCCGAUGACAAACACGAGUCACUUGCGCCCGAUAACAUCCCAUCUCAAUCUGCUAAACAAUCAAUUUCAGACACAACUUCGGUCCCGAUUAUCACAGAGACACUCGUUGCCGAAGAGGUAGACACACACAAAGCACCGGCGCGUGUCACGGAAACGGUUACAGAAACGGUCGUUGACACGCCACGACACACAGUCAAACAGAGCUCCGUGGAAAUUAGCGAAGUGGAUGACGAGACGGUAACGAAACCGUCGCAGCAAGAAGAAAAAGAGGAAAAGAGCACCGUUUUCGUAACAACAUUCUCUUCAGAAGGAGGAGAAAUCAAAUCCAAGAACAAGAAAGUCGUCCAAGAGAAAGGAGUAAUUGUCGAGGAACAACUUAGCGACGAUGACUUCCACAGCGCCGAAGAGGAUAACGGCCAUGUACAGAUCGAGGAAGUGCCUGAUGACGAAUUCGUAAUGGCAACACCACAAAUAGUCACUGAACCCGACACAAUUCCUACCGUCACGAUGGAGGAACCCAAAGUCUCUGACCAAAUCACUGAAAUUCACGACAUUACACAAACGCCAACCAAAAAGAAACCAAAAUCGCGUAAACUCUCCGAAAUUCAAGAAGAAUUUGUCGAACCGCACAUCAAAACGGAAGAAAUCGAGCCAAUCGAAGCUUCUGUCAUCAUCCAAGAACUUGAACCGGAAAUCACUGUAACGCAAAUUGACACCGAAGAAGGACCCAGCGUGAAAGUCGAAAAGAAACGUGUCAUCAAGAAAUUGAAAGAACCACGCAAGAGUGUCACUGAGAUCGUUACCAUCGAACAAGAUGGCGUCGUUGUGAGUACAGACUUGACGCAACGCGACGAAGGAAUGACAAUCGAAGACAUUAACGAAUUCACCGCGGAAUUAAAACAACCCGAAAAAGCUAAAGUUUUGUUCGAAGAAUCGCCCGAAGAGAUCACAAUUACUCAAAUUUUGACGGAACAAGGCCCCGUUGAGCAAGUUACAAAGAAAAAGGUGAUAAAGAAGAAAUCAGGACCAAAACAGGAAACAACUGUCGUUGAAACUAUCGAAAGACCCGGGGAAGCUCCAAUUACGAGUGUCAGUACAACGGAAGAAGAAAUCCCGUUGGAAGGCAUCAAAGAAUUCAAAGAAGAGCUUCUUCGUCCUGUCAAAGCACGUGCUUUGGUCGAAGAAUUACCUGAAGAAAUCACGAUAACUCAAGUCCUAACCGAACAAGGACCCGUAGAUCAAGUCACCAAAAAGCGUGUGAUCAAGAAAAAAUCUGGUCCCAAGCAAGAAACGACUGUAAUUGAAACAAUUGAACAACCAGGAGUUGCUCCGAUCACAACAGUGACAGUUUCAGAGGAAGAUAUUCCAGCUGGAAAGCUCGAAGAGUUCAAACGUGAGAUGCGCAAGCCAGAAAAGGCACGUAAAUUAGUCGAAGAAGGCCCCGAAGAGAUCACAAUUACUCAAGUUAUCACUGAACAAGGUCCUGUCGAUCAAGUUACGAAGAAAAAAGUGAUCAAAAAGAAAUCUGGACCAAAAGAGGAGAUAACUGUCAUUGAAACUGUCGAACAACCCGGCUCUGCUCCAAUUACAACGGUUCAAACAUCCGAAAUUGACAUUCCUCUCGAAAAAUUGGGCGAACUUAUCCAAGAAUUGAAGAAACCAGUUCAUGCCAAACCGGAAGUCAUUGAAUUUACUCCCGAAGAAAUUGUUAUUACGCAAGUUCAAACGGAACAAGGCCCCGUAGAGCAAGUUACCAAAAAGAAGGUUAUCAAGAAAAAGGUUGGGCCAAAGGAAGAAACGACAGUUAUUGAGACUGUUGAACGUCCUGGAGUACCAGCUGUGACGACAGUUCAAACAUCGGAAGUUGACUUACCUUUGGGUCAAUUGGAUGAUUUCAAGCCAGAAAAGGUUCCAACCUCAAAAGCUCAAGUUUUGUUCGAAGAUUUGCCUGAAGAAAUCACAAUUACUGAGAUUCAAACCGAACAAGGACCCAAAGAGCAAGUUACAAAGAAAAAAGUGAUCAAGAAAAAAUCGGGACCUAAACAGGAAACGACUGUAAUUGAGACGAUUGAACAACCGGGAGAAGCUCCUGUCACGAAAAUCAGCACGACGGAGGAAGAUGUCCCGUUGGAAGAGUUCACCGAGUUCAAACAAAAUUUGUUGAAACCAGUUACAGCGAAAACUGUUUUCGAAGAAGCUCCUGAAGAACUCACGAUUUCUGAAAUUUUGACGGAACAAGGUCCCGUUGAACAAGUCACGAAAAAACGUGUCAUCAAGAAGAAAUCUGGACCAAAAGAGGAAGUUACUGUCAUUGAAACGAUCGAACAACCGGGUGUUGCGCCACAAACAACUGUCAGUACUGUCGAACUUGACAUGCCAUUCGAGGAAGUUCAGGAAUUCAAGAAAUCUUUGAAGACUCCUGUUCAAGCAAAGACUUUGGUUGAAGAAUUACCGGAAGAAAUCACGAUUACUCAAGUACUUACCGAACAAGGACCUGUCGAACAGGUUACCAAAAAGAAGGUUAUCAAGAAAAAAGCAGGACCUAAAGAAGAAACGACCGUCAUUGAGACAAUUGAACAACCAGGAGUUGCUCCAAUCACGACAAUUUCCAAGACGGAGGACGAUAUUCCGCUUGAAAAGUUGGAAGAAUUGAAACAAGAGUUGAGAAAGCCCGAAAAAGCGCGUAAAUUAGUCGAAGAAGGCCCAGAAGAGAUCACAAUAACGCAAGUUCAAACGGAACAAGGCCCCGUUGAGCAAGUUACGAAGAAAAAAGUGAUCAAAAAGAAAUCUGGACCUAAAGAGGAGACGACAGUAAUUGAAACUGUCGAACGUCCCGGAGAACCAACAGUUACCAAAGUUGACGUUUCUGAGAUAGAUAUCCCCUUGGAAAAAUUAGACGACUUUGUUCAAGAGCUUUUGAAACCCGUGAAGGCUAAACAAGAAUUAAUUGAACUUCAACCUGAAGAAAUUACGAUUACUCAAAUCGAAACUGAGCAAGGCCCGAAAGAACAAGUCACGAAAAAGAAAGUUAUCAAGAAGAAAGUUGGUCCAAAGGAAGAAACGACAGUUAUUGAGACUGUUGAACGUCCUGGAGCGCCUCCUGUGACAAAAGUUGAUGUUUCUGCGGAAGAAAUUUCCAUUGAAAAAGUCGACGAAUUUGUGCUUGAUUUGGAUAAACCGCAAAAAGCUCGUGCGAUUAUCGAAGAAUCGCCUGAGGAAAUCACAAUUACUGAAAUUCAAACGGAACAAGGUCCAAAAGAACAAAUCACAAAGACAAAAACGAUCAAGAAGAAAUCCGGACCCAAAGAACAAGUCACUGUCGUUGAAACGAUUGAGCAACCAGGCUUGCCGCCAGUUACGACAACAACAACUUCCGAAUCGGACAUUCCGUUGGAAAAAUUGGAAGAAUUCACGAAGGAACUCGCGAAACCCGAAACUGCUCGUUGUUUGACGGAAGAAUCGCCGGAAGAGGUGAUUGUGACACAAAUCCAAACGGAACAAGGACCUGUCGAAGUUGUCAAGAAAAAGAAGACAAUUCGCAAGAAAUCCCUGCCAAAAGAGGAAAUUAUCGAAAUUGUGACGAAAGAAACGCCUGGCGAGCUACCGGAAACGACUUGCACAAUCUCCGAAGUAGAAAUUCCUUUGGAAGAGGUGAAAGACUUUGUCGAACAAUUGCAACAACCAACGGAAAAGGCAAAAGAAACGACUGAAAAACGUGAACUACAGACACCCAAGAAACAAGACACAAAAUCACAGAAACACGAAAAACAAAAAACACCAUCUACUGAACCAAUUCAAGUCGUUGAAGAACCAAAAGAAGAAGAAGAAGUUCAACCAGAGCCUGAGAAGAAGAAGAAGACGAAGAAAAUCGUUAAAAAGAAGACAGAUGACUUGGAUGAGAUCACAAAACGUCUCCUUGAACAAGACAUCGAAAAAACUGAACUUGAGCAAUACGAAAAGGUCGAAGUUGAUCUUCAAAAGAAACCUAAAGUUGCUGCCCAAAUCGGUGAUGUCUCUCAAAAAGUUGAAACUUUCGAAGAAACUACUGAUGUUGAAGCUCCUGUCAUCGUUGAAGAAUACACAAAUGAACAACGUGCCUCUGAAAUUAAAGAAACUGCGGAGAAACUUCCAACAACAGAGACCAAAAAGGACGUUCCUAAACGCAAGAAGUCUCUGAAGAAACCGGAAGAAGAAGUGAAGGAAGAAAAACCAGAAGAAGUCAAACCAGAGGAAGAAAAGGUUAAGAAACCAAAACGACGUGUUUCAAUCAAGGAACCUGAAGUUGAAGAAAUUCACGAAGAUGUUCCUGAACAAGUUGAAGAAGUACCCGAAGUUGAGGAAGAAAAGCCUGUUGAACCAGCUCCAGUUGUCGAAGAAGAAAAACCACAACCAGAAACUGUCGAAGCGAAGAAAAAGACAAAGAAGGUUAUCAAAAAGAAGAAGACUGACGAUUUGGAUGAAAUUACCCAAAAAUUGUUGGAACAAGAGGUAGAACGUCCCGAAUUGGAACAAUAUGAAAAGGUCGAUGUUGACGUCAAGAAACCCGAAAAGGUUAAAGAAGUGCUUGAACGUCCUCAAGUCAAGAAGGAAGAAAGUGUUGAGAAGCCAGAAGAAGCUAAACCUGUUCCCGAGGAGAAACCUGAAGCAGAAAAACCUGCCGAAGAAGCUCCAAAGAAACCAAAGAAGACAAAGACUCCAAAAGCAGUCGAAGAAAUUCCCGCCGAAAUACCAAAACCAUUGAGAAAAGUCAGUUUGAAAGAAUCCGAACCAGAAGUCGAGGAAAAAGUCCCCGAAGAAGUUGCGCCAGAAGAGCCUGUUCCAGAAGUUGUUGAGGAAAAACCUGAAGAAAAGCCCGCUGAAGUCAAGAAACCCAAAAAGGUGAAGAAAAAGAAGACAGAUGACUUGGAUGAGAUCACGCAAAAACUCUUGGAACAAGAAGUUGAACGUCCCGAACUCGAGCAAUAUGAAAAGAUCGAUGUUGAUUUCAAGAAGAAGCCUAAACCAGAAGAGCCUGAAGCUGAAGUCACGUUGAAACCGAAGAAAGAAGAGCCCGUUGAAGAAGUUCAAGAACAAGUCACGAUGAAAAAGAAGAAGCCAAAACCAAAAGUUGUCGCCGAAGAGGAGGUUGAAGAAGCUGUCACAUUGAAAAAGAAGCCCGAACAAAAACCCGUCGAAGAGGAACCCGUUGAAUCAGUUACACUCAAGAAAAUUGAACCAAAAACAACAGAACUUGAAGAAGUUGAGACUAAAUUCACAUUACAGCCAGUUACACAAGUCAUUGAAGAGAUUGAUGAACAAUUAACUGUCAAACCGAAAAAGAAGAAGAAGCCUCAAGUUGAGGAAGCUUCUGAGGAAAUUGUCAUCACGAAAGAGGCUGAAAUUCCUGAGGAAGAAACUGAAGAAGCGAUUGUCCUCAAACCCAAAAAGAAAUUAGAACCUGAGGUUACUGAGGAAGUCGAAACACAAGUCACACUCAAACCCAAGAAACAAGAAGAGCCCGAAGAUGUCGAACAAGAGGUUAAACUUCCGAAGAAAAAGAAGAAGCCUCAAGUUGUCGAAGAAGCGGCUGAAGAAGUUACUAUCAAGAAAGAGGUCGAGAAACAACCUGAAGAAGAAGCAACUGAAGAAGCUGUCGUUCUCAAACCAAAGAAGAAGGUCAAGCCUGAAGUUCCUGAAGAUGUCGAAGCUGAAGUGACGCUCAAACCUAAGAAAGAACCUGAACAAGAAGAGGUUGAAGAGCAAAUCACGUUGCCAAAGAAGAAGAAGAAGCCUCAAGUUGUUGAAGAAGAGGCAACUGAAGUUACCAUCAAGAAAGAGGUUGAACAACCAGAAGAAUUCUAUGAAGAAGCGGUUGUCAUGAAACCACAAAAGAAGAUCAAACCACAGAAAUCAGAGGAUGUCGAGGCUGAAGUAACGCUUAAACCAAAGAAGAAGCCUGAACAAGAAGAUGUCGAGGAACAAAUUAAACUUCCGAAGAAGAAAAAGAAGCAGGUUGUUGAAGAAGCUGCUGAUGAAUUGUCCAUUAGCAAAGAGGUUGAGGUCGAACGCGAAGUCGAAGUUGAAGAAGAAGAAUUCAUCGACGAAGCGAUCGUCAAGAAACCUCGCAAGAAGUUCGUUCCUCAAUACGUCGAAGAAGACGAAAUUUCCGCAGAACUUUCUUUGCCACGUAAGAAACAUCCCAAAGGCGAAGAUGUCGAAGGCGAAAUGACGCUCAAGAAGAAGGCAAAGAAAAAGCCAAAGACCUACGACGAAACUGCCGAAGAGUACACGGUCAAACUUCAACCUGACAUCAGCGAUUACGAAGAACAAGAAGACUUUGAGGAGUUCAUUGUUGAGAAACCACGCAAGAAACGCGUCAGCAUCCAAGAAGAAGACCAAGAAUUCACCUUGAAGAAGGCAAAACCGCCACGUGUCAUCGACGAAGGCGAGGAAAUCAGCGAAGAAGUCAAACUGAAACGCAAACCUCGCAAAAAGACGCUUGACGAAGCUGGCGCUGAACUCACGGUUCGUCGCGACGAAGAAAUUCCCGAAAGUUCCUCCGAAGACGAAGCAUCUGAAGUUAUCGUGCGUCGCCCGAGCAAAGCUCGCAUUCAAUAUGUCGAAGAACAUUCGCAAGAAUACACUGUUAAAAAGAAGCGCAAGCCACGUAAGCCGUCGAAACCAAAUAUCCCCGAAUUUACGGAAAAUGUCACGUUCCGUCCCAAAACUACAAGAACCAAAGAGGAUGUCGAACAAGAAUUCAACAUUUCCCUGGAUCAAUAUGCCGAGGAAGAGAUUUCGAUGUCGGGCAAGGUGAAGUUGAAGAAACCCAAACAAUUGACCUUCAACGAGGAAACUGGCGAAGCGCAUAUUCGCAUCACGCAAGAAAUUGACGACGGAAGUGGUCCAAUUAUCGAAGAAGUACUCGAUGAUUCGGAAGAGGAAAAUACCAUGGAUGACAUUGACGAGCCAUAUUCCGAACGUGAAGAGUUGCCAAUUGAUUACGAGAUGAAACUCAAACGUAAACACUCCAAACCGGACUAUUUGAUCGAAGAUCACGAAGAAGAUUCGAUGUCACUUGAGCUCCCACGUAAACCGAGAGUUCCUGUCAUCUCCUAUGACGAAGAUUCACUUUCGUUGAAACAAAAACGAAAACCUAUUCCAAAGAUUUACACCGAAGAAGGUGCCGAGCUCAGUAUCACGAAGGAAGUUUAUGAUGAUUUGAUGUUCAGCAUGUGCGCUUACGCUGCAGAGACAAAUGAUGGCUUGAAUCUCGUGGAAGGCGAACGUUUAACAGUGCUUGAUCGUCACGAUGCCGAUUGGUGGUUAGUGCGCAAACACUCUACCUCCGAAAAGGGUUGGGUACCUCCGCAACUCCUCAUGGACGAACUCAGUUACACAACCUACGUUCAACAGAAAUUGCACGAACGCAUCGACAAACUCCCAAUUUUCGAUCGCGUUGGUCCCAACGAAAAGGCUUCCGCCCCGAAAUUCAUCGAAAAACUCAAACCCAUCACCGCACACGACGGUCAAACCAUCCAAUUCGAGUGCAAAGUCAUCGGCACACCAAUUCCGCACAUCACGUGGUUCCGUCAAACGGCGAUCUUGAAACCAUCGCAAGACUUCCAGAUGUACUACGACGACGACAACGUCGCUACUCUCGUCAUUCGUGACGUCAUGUUGGAAGAUUCGGGCAGCUUUACGUGCGUCGCUAAAAAUUCCGCUGGAUUUGCCACAAGCACUGCCGAGUUGUUCGUCGAAGGUUCAUUAUCGGAUCACACGGAUGAGUUGACGGUAUCGAUGAGUAUUUCUCGUCGCACGUCUCGCGAAUCCUCAAUGGCGGACAUUCUCGAGGGAAUCCCGCCAAUUUUCUCCCGCAAACCAAAAGCGCAAUGCGUGAAGGAAGGCACGAACGUGAUGCUCGAAUGUCGUUUGGUAGCUGUGCCCGAACCUGAUAUCACGUGGUUCUACAAUGGCAAGGAAAUUGAACCUAAAAAUAAUUUAAGCAUCGUUACUGAGUCCGAUAUGCACAUGUACUGCUCGAUUGUUCACAUCAAAGGCGUCGAGAAGUUACAAGAAGGCAAAUACACAAUUGUCGCCAGAAAUCGCGAAGGCGAAGCAUCACUUCCGAUCGUUUUGAAGGUCAGAACUGACGACAAAGAAGCCCCAGAAGUGUUGGAACCGUUGAAAGCUCAAAUUGUCACCGAAGGAGAGUCCACAGUACUCAUGACGACAAUCGUAGGAACUCCAACUCCCAAAAUCGAAUGGCUAAAAGACGGAAAACCCAUUAAGGAAAACACAAAAUCCGACAAAGAUGGGUUACAUACCUUAACUUUGGUGCAUUGCCAACCCAGUUUCACCGGAAAUUACACUUGCCGAGCCACAAAUCCCAUCGGAACAGCGGAAACUUCCGCUACAGUCGUUGUUGAACCGCAUGACAGUGGCGCCCCACAAGCUCCCUUCUUCAAAGAUCGCUUUGAGCAAUUAGUUGUACCCCAAAACGGCACAAUUCGCUUGACAGCGUCAGUUACAGGACAUCCCGUACCUGAAGUGCAAUGGUUAUUGAACAAUCGCCCCUUGAAAUACUCGGAUCGAGUAAAAACUUCAUACGACGGGGAGAAUAUCGAACUUAUUGUCUUCAAUGCUGACUCUGAACUCGACACGGGCAUCUAUAAAUGUCUCGCAAGUAACGUUGCUGGCACGGCAUCCCAUGGAGCGAAGGUCGUAGUUGACGUUGAAGCUGUUUAUUUCACGAAAAAGCUCAAAAAGACCGUGACAGUCGAAGAGGGCAAGACAGUAACGCUUGAAUGUGAAACAUCUCAUACCGUAUCGACCCGUUGGUGGCAUAAUGAUGUCGAACUAACAGGCAUGGACAAGCGUGUAAUCGUUCAAGAAGGCAAAACGCACAAGUUGUUGAUCAAAAAUCCGAACAUUCAUGAUAGCGGCUCGUACCAAUGUACUGUCAAAGAGCAAAUGACAGAGUCGCAUGUCCAAAUUUUGGAAGCCGAGCCCGAAUUCUUGCGUAAAUUGCAAGAUUGUGAGGUUAAGGAGAAGGAACAAGGUAUUUUAGAGGUAGAAAUCACCUCGGAAUCGGUAGAUGUUCAAUGGUACAAAGAUGGCAACCCUGUCAGAGAGGAUAAGGAUCACGUUACUUUCGUCAAAAAGGGUCGUUAUCGCAAACUUUUGUUGCGAAAUGUCUCGGUGCAUGACGAAGGCGAGUACACGUGCGUUUUGGCAGAUCAAGAAUGCAGCAGCGAUUUGACAGUUAUCGAAUUGCCGCCAGAAAUUAUCAAAAAGAUGGCGGAUCAGACGAUUGCGAAGGGUGAACGAGCUGUUUUCGAGAUUGAACUCACGAAAGGCGACGCCAUGGUGCAAUGGUUCAAAAAUGGCAAAGAUUUGGAAUUUAAUGAUCAUGUCACACUCACGAUCGAUGGUAAACGUCAACUUUUGACAGUUAAUGAGGCGACGUUAGAUGAUGACGCCGAAUACACGUGCAUCGUUGGCGAACAAGAAUCAACAGCUCGCUUGACUGUGGAAGAGCCUGUGGUUCAAUUUAUCCGUCGUUUGCCUGAUAUCACGGUUGUAACCAAAAAUGGCGAUGCUGCCUUCACAGUUGAACUGUCGCAAGACGUUCCUGUCAAAUGGUUCAAGAAUAAACAAGAAAUUAAACCGAAUGACAAAUACACAGUUAUCAGCGAAAAAUGCGUGCGAACUCUCAUGGUUCAUGACAGCAAGGAAGAUGACGCUGAUGAGUACUCUUGUGUGGCUUUUAAUGUCAAAACGAGCUCGCAAUUGCGCGUGGAAACGAUUAAAAUGCCGCCAACCAUCAUUUUGGACGAUAACACGUACAAAGUGAAGGAAGGAGAAGAUGUGACGUUCAACAUUAAAUUCACAGCGACGCCGCAACCAGAAGCUGAAUGGACUGUCAACAAGAAAGUCAUUAAAAAGUCGCCGCAAUUUACGCCAAAGGUCGAUGAGGAAAGUGCCAGCUUGACAAUUAAGAAGGUCAAGGAAGUAGAUGCGGGCGAUUACACGAUCAAAUUGAAGAAUGAGUGCGGUGAAGCGGAAACGACGUUGAAAUUAGUCAUUAUGAAAAAACCAACUGCUCCUGGAGCGCCAUCUCCUGUGGAAGUAACGAACGACUCAGUUACGCUCUUCUGGAAGCCUCCAGAGUCGGAUGGCAAUUCGCCAAUUACUGAAUACGUUCUUGAAUAUCAACUUAGAAAGGAAACAAAAUGGACCAAAAUAACUGAAACAAUCACCGAAACUACCCACAAAGUCACAAAAUUGACUAAAAACAGCGAAUACACAUUCCGUGUCUAUGCCACAAACGUUGUCGGUCAAUCGCCUCCGUCCCCGAACUCGGAUUACAUCAAAAUUGUGGCGCCAACCAAGAAGGAAGCUCCCACAAUCACCGAACCGCUCAAAGACACCAAGAUCGGUUUCAAACAAACCCUUACUUUGUCUUGCGUCAUCGGAGGCGAACCGCAACCCACCAUCAAAUGGUACAAAAACAAAAAGUUGCUGACAUCCAAAACGACGACAUUCGAGAAUCGCAUCGCGAAAUACGUGAUCGAAAGUACGACGGAAGAAACAGCGGGCACUUACACGUGCGCCGCCGAAAAUCCUCUCGGAAAAGUCGAAACUUCUUGCGUCGUGACGUUGGAAGAAUCACCGUCCGUGACAAUUGAUGAAAAAUUCGUCACACAAACGAAACGUGUGCAUUCCGAAUGGGAAGUGACAGCACAAAUUGCUGGAUAUCCCGUGCCCGAAGUCAUUUGGAUGUUCGAAGAUAAGCCUCUGAAGUCGGAAGAUGUUGAAAUUGUCUCGAAUUCGACGUCGACAGUGAUUCGCAUCAAAAAGGUCGAGCGAACGCAUUCUGGCAAAUACAAGGUAGAAGUGAAAAAUUCCGCGGGAAGUGCUUGUGCGGAAGUUAUGCUCAAAGUUAUCGAUAAGCCAAGCAAGCCCGAAGGUCCCAUGGUCAUUACGGAAGUCAGUCACGAAGCGGUGCAAAUCAAAUGGCGCGCACCCCUCGACGAUGGCGGCCUCGAAAUUACCGCAUACAGUAUUGAACGACACGAUCCCACGCACAAGGGAUGGAUCAAAGUUGCCGAUGUCGAUGCCACAAUCGAUACUUUCUGCAUCCAAAAGUUGCUGGAAGACGCCGAAUACCUGUUCCGUGUCAUGGCAGCAAAUCCCGUUGGCGUCUCCGAACCUCUCGAAUCUGAUCCGGUGACAAUUAAGAAGACACUUCAAGCUCCGUCGCCACCACGAGGUCCCGCCCAAGUAUCGGGCAUGACAGAAACGUCGUUCACACUGAUGUGGCAACCCCCCGAAUCGGAUGGCGGUUCGAAAAUUAUCGAGUAUUAUGUGGAAAUUAAGGAAAGUAAGAAGAAAGUGUGGCGAAAUGCUGGCACAAGUGCCGGAAAUGCAACCAGUUUGCUCGUUAAGGACUUGGUGAAGAACGAAGCUUAUGACUUCCGGAUAACGGCGAAGAAUAAGGUCGGCACGAGUGCGCCAUUUGUCACCGAGGAAAGUAUUGUUGCGGGUCAAAGCAAAAGCGAGGAGACUGACGAAAUUGUCUUCACUCCUCCAUCGCCGCCACAAAACCUGCGAAUUACGGAUAUCACGUCGAAGAGCGUCUCGCUGGAAUGGGAGUCGCCCGUUAGCGAUGGCGGAUCCGACAUUACAGACUACAUCAUCGAGAAACGUUUAACUUCGAGCACGAAAUGGACCAAAAUUCAAACGCUCGAAACGCAUUACCGCACUUAUUGCAUCGAUAAUCUCAAGGAAAAGUCGGAACUUGUGUUCCGUGUGAUGGCAGUCAAUGCAAUUGGUGUUAGUGCUCCGGCAAUUACGGAUGGCGUGAUGUUGAAGUCGCAUGCGACUGUUCCCUCGCCUCCAACGGGCCCCUUGGAAAUCCGUUGUCUCGGUCCGAACGUAAAUCUCGUCGAAUGGGGAUUGCCCGAAUCGGAUGGCGGUGCUCCGUUGCAAGGAUACAACAUUGCCGUGCGUGACAUCAAAAAGACGAUGUGGAUUGAAGUUGGCAAAGUGCCUGCUGGCGUGCAACGAUACAACAUUAGGGACUUGCAGGAAGAUCACGAGUACAUGGUGCGCAUUUACGCGAGAAAUGAAGUUGGUUUGAGCGAGCCGCUCGAAUCGGAUGAAGUUUACAAAGUUGAAAUUGGAAUGGGUCAAGACGCCGCUGGCGAAGAACCACGUUCCCAAAUGUCGGUCAGUUACAGUCAAAACACGUCGUCUUGGAUGCGUGACAACAACAUGGAUGCCGACAUCAAUACCUAUGCGCGACACAAGCUCAUCAGACGCGACGAAUACUUCUUCCGUGUCUGGCAUUACGCAAAGAAGCUUUUCAAAUAAAGCCCUCCGCGUUCGUGUUGCCGCAGUGUUAAUCUUAGUUUUUAAGCGAGUGACCAAUUUACUAAUUUAUUUCGUUUUAAACUUUUAAAUUUUAGACCAGAACAAGGAAAAAAAAUGAAACUGUGAUACAUAUAAUUUGUGUCUCUUCUAGUGUUGACGUCUCUCCGCCUGACAAAAAAAAAAUGGGGGGAGGGACGUCCUGAAUGUAAAUAAAUAAUUGACCUCUGAAAAUCUACUGCAACUACACCGAAAAUCGUUUUAUCCACGAAAACACACGUGUAUGAAUCAUAGUUCGAACAAAAAAAAUCUAAAUCCAUGGACUAAACUCGUAGAACUGUAAAUUAACGAGAAUUGUCAUGAUUUCGCGUGAGAAAGUGCCAAAAGUGUUAAAUCUCCGGUUUUUCUAUGCAUCCCCAAUAGAAAGUCGUAACGAUGAAGAUCCCGUUCAAUUUGCCCCCGAUGGGGGUCCCUUGAAAUAAAGGUGCAUUUAUUUCCAGGGACCGCCAACCCUUUGAACGUUCGAGAUCCGCGGCAAACGCUUUUCACUUGCUCUUGACGAUCAUUCAUGGCAAUUUUCGUUACGGAUAGGAUUUUAUAUCAAUUGGUCACUAUAUUGAUGAAUAUUGUAAAAAAAAAAUAUUAAAUAAAUUAAUUUUUAAAGAAAGAAAGCUAGAGUCCUUUCGAAAAAUAAAUAUUUAUUGUAUAUUUUAUGGAUAUAUAAUUUAUUAUGAAAAAAGAACAGAAAA